GGCCAGUGGAGCCCGAGGAGAGCUCCUGUUACUGGAGCGCUGGCUCUGCAGAUCGCCGCUCGCUGUCACGGAGGAGCUCGCGCACGUACACGGGGCGCCUCGCGCACACUCACCGACUCUCUCUGCUCGGCUGCGGCAGAGCUCGGGGGCGCCAUGCUGCCGGAUGAUGGAAGCGGAGCAAGAUGUGUCGGUUAGAGAGCAGCUCUUCCACGAGUGGGUUAGGGAAUGCAUCGUGAGUAUGGACUCCAUUAGGGGCCGGGAGCCCGGAGUUAACCCGUUCGUGGCCGCGGGGUGGCCAGGAGUUAACCCGUUCGUGGCCGCGGGGUGGCCAGGAGUUAACCCGUUCGUGGCCGCGGGGUGGCCCGGAGUUAACCCGUUCGUGGCCGCGGGGUGGCCAGGACUCCGGAUGGGUUUAGUGUGUGUCUCAGGACCCAAUGUUUCAGUUGCUGGUGUAGACUGAGCCGAUUUAAAUGGCAUAAUGUAGGGGUAGGCAAUAUUCGGCACUCCAGAUGUUUUGGACUACAUAUCCCAUAAUGUUAUUAAAGCAAUAAUGCUGGCAAAGCAUCAUGGGACGUGUAGUACACAACAUUUAGAGUGCAGUAGGCAAUGGUGAGUUACCCAGAUGGGGUAUUGGCUUCAGUAACAGGGCCAUGCAUGGCAUUUUAUCUGGCGUUGCCGGACUGUGCGGAUGUGGGUGGCGGCGCUGCCGGCCUGUGCGGAGGUGGGUGGCGGCGCUGCCGGCCUGUGCGGAGGUGGGUGGCGGCGCUGCCAAUUGAGAACCUUUACUGUUUGCAUUUUGCCACCAGAAAUGUUUGGUUACCUGUGGCACUAAUUUUCUUUAUGCCAGCCGCCCUUUUCUGGGUGUUUGUUACUAAUCUGUAGGUAGAUUUGUAUGUUCAUUAAAAUAACCAUUAUUAUAUGCAUUUAAAAAAAAAAAAAAAAGUCAUUACCAGAACAGUGCACUGUAGUGGCUAUGGUGUCAAGGGUGCCCUGGCACAUCCGUAAUGUAAGCUGUUCUAGAAUGUGGUGUUUUUUUUUUUUUUUACUGGGGGGUUUGCAGGAUGCUCCUCACCUCGCUACAGCUUACAUGAAGCUCAUAAGCGAGGCCAAUUCGUUAGUUGAGAGUGUCAGCUCAUGAUUCUCAGCCAACAGUGUAAGCCUUGCGCUGCCACUCAGAACUGAGAGCGUCAGGCUAUAGUGGAGCCAGGGAGUGGUGUCCACGGUCCCAAGGUAAGAAGUCAAACUGCCCUCCUGGCACCAUAACAAUUACAACACACGGUAGUAGUUAUGGUACUUAGCAUGCUCUUUUAUUCUUGGUUGAAAAAAAAAAUCAAACUGUUUUAGAAAUUGCAAUGAUAUUUGUGUCAAAGAUUAUUAAUAUUUUAAAAAUUGAUAAAGUGGCCAUAUAUUCUCUAGGAAUUAACGGUUCUGUUAAAGGUUAGUAAAUAAGUGGUUUGCAUACUUUGGGUGUUGUCUGUUAUCUGCUGGUAUGUCUGUCUUGCAAACUAAAUUGUGCUUGUUGGAUCUCUGAGCAGCUAGGAAUGAAUAUUGUAAAACCAUCCCUCCCUUCUCCUUAUGUUGUUGGACUGGGGACGUCUUUCCUUUCUGAUUAUGGCUUUUAUCUAUAACUAUCUGUCCUAUAAGAGCCAAAGUCAACAAAGCACAUAAUCAAAGCUGGUCGCAUGUAUUUAUCAUAAUUUCAUCAUAAUAUAUCACAUAUUCUAAAAACUAUGGUUUGAGAGCAGAAUAUAUAAUUUAGAAAAAAAAUAUGCAUUUCUUCUACUCUGCCAUGAAAACCAUAUGUUGGGUGACACACUUUUGUUUUUGAGUGCACGUUUAUGAAAUUUAGGGGCAUUCUAGGCAUAUGUACAAAACACAAAUGUACAUGGAAUGUUUUUUUUUGUUUUUUUUUACUUUUGUAAAAAAAAAAAAUGUUUUGUCAGACUGACACAGAAAUGACUUUAUCUUAAAGUAGAAAAAAGCAUCUACAAAGCACAUUAUAUGUCUCAUUAUUUUUUCAUGUUCAGAAUUCUGUCCAUUAUCUUUACGUAAUAUACUCUGCAAAUCCGUAUGGAUAGGUCUGCUUAUACAUAUGUACUUUAGUCUUUCAGAUAUUUGCGGUGUUCCACCCAUUUGAUUUAGAAGGGAUAUAAGCUCUUAUAGUGAGAAACUUGCCUUUCAAAGCUAAGAGGAACAAUGUCUCUAUAUGCUUUAAGUACAGUGUGCCAUAAUCACAGGUUAUGUUAUGUUGGCUUUUUUAAAGGCCUAACAUGCCCCAUAAUAUGUGAAUUUGAUUUGCCUUGUUAUUGAUGCAGGGGCAAUUUAUCAUCAUGUUCAGACAUUUACCAAUUGUAAACUGAAGCUAUUAACUACAACCAGCUUUAUUUACUACAAACUGCCAUAGUGUUACCCGCAUUGCACAGCAGCAAGACUUCCAGGGAAGAAUAAGAAUGAAGUCAACGAACAUUAUUAUGCACUGGACAAAUGUUUACAGCCCAGGAAGAUGUACAUAUUGAAAGUGCAUAUACAGGAAUGUCUUGCAAUAUUGUGCAAUUAAACCUCUUGAAACCAUUGCACUCUGUGGACAUGCCAACAUCUGUAUUCUUGCCAAUUUGGCACCCAUGGGCAGAGUAUAUUACAGCCAGUUAUUUACAUAUAGCUGUCGAAGCAUGAGCUAUAAUAUUUCAUUACAAGUGCACAGUAUGUUGAGUGUUUCUAAGUUGUACCUGUCAUUUUUGGCACAGGCGUGUGUUUGUGUUCUAUUUUUGAACCUUGGCUAAGCUAUGUGCACCUCCCGGUCAGCAUUUUCCUAUGCACUCUGUAAAACCUGAUGUCACUCUGCAUGUCACUUGAGAUUGUGAUGUGGUUGCUUGGCAUGUUUAGUACUUUUCUCACACUUGUUGGUUUCCUCCCACUUGAUGAAAACGCAUGCAUUACACAAUGGGAUUAUCAGCAUCCUGUUUUGCUGAAUGGCUAACACAAUAGUGCAAGUAGGUGUGAGGGUUUAGUCUGUCAGCUCGAUCAACUCAUGCACGUAAUAGACUACAGUGUGUGCGGGCGUUCUAUAGUAUGAUCUGAUACAUAGCAAGUACUUGGCUGGCUGCUUGCAUCAAGAUAGGCCAAAAUCAUGCCUAUUUAGUAUGGUAUUACAGUAUCCAUCGUUUCUCUUCUGGAAACGUUUGCAACGCCACACAGGCAAGCAAUUGAACCAUUUCUGGUUUUAUUGCAUAGUAUGUCGGCUCCUUUAUUUUUGUAAAUAUACAGCCUUACUGAAAUAACAGAAAUACCUAGCAGUAUUUGAAUUUUAGAUUCCUAUUAAGGAGUGACAAUUUUUGUCGAACAGUUUGAAAAAAAACAAUCAAGGAGUAGCAUCUAAAAACGUUUUGCCCCUAGCUGCUUCAAUGAACUGCAACGGUUAUGGUGCUUAUUGUGCCUUUUUCCAGGCGAUGUUUCUGAUCAUUUUUAUUCCCACAGUGAAACUGGUUGUCAUUACUGAAUUGUUAUAAUUCUGCCUAUAGGUUAGAUAGGUUAGGUAUUCUGCCUAUAGGUUGAGCUUUCUAAGAGAUGGUUGACUCUUUUCAUCACUAGUAUCUGAUCUGUUUGGUGUUUAUUACUCUAUAGACUGAACUGUAUUUCCAAGUGCUUUCUCUUUGGUCUGCUCAACUUAACAGUGAGGAGUGCAGGAUAAUAUCAAAUAUGACAAUUUUUAACCUCUAGGGCAUGUAUUGCGUGUAUGAUAUUACAUUUCCUUUUGACAAGUGAUCUAUAAAUAUACAAUCUGUAAAUGACUUAUUAAUGGUAUAUAACUUUCGCAUUUGAGGGAAUAUCCAUGCAUUACAACAAGGGUUAGACAAUUAACUUUUUCUGUAACAAUUCUGUUAAUUGUCAGAAACUAGUUCGUGAACACAAAAGCCAUUGUUUAAAGGAUUAUCCCUGAUGGAAGUACCCAGGUCAGAUGUGGCUUCCUUGGAUUUUUGUGAAGUUCUAAACCUGUGGUUUGUUUGCAUAAAUUAUAGUUGUAAAAGGCAACAAAGACCUCAUUAGCACCUAUCCUUCUUACAUAGGAUUUGGAGAAAUGUCAAGGGAGAUUUAUCACUAUAGUCAUAAGGUCUACCCUCACAACUUGCAUAUAUGGGUGUACUUAAUACACAAAUUAAAAGUAGCUGCCACACAGAAAUUUAGUCAUUUGGUAAUCUGUACAGAGUACUGUUUUAGCCUUCACAGAACAUUUGUUAAAGGAUUAACUUAACCCUAUGGGGUUGGGGGGUCAUUUUCAGUGUAGUAUUGGGCAUCCAGAUCAUCCCCCUACCACCAUAGUUACAUAGCUGAAAAGAGACUUGGGUCCAUCAAGUUCAGCUUUCCUCAAAGAAUGCAAAAAAAACAAAAAACCUGUUUGAAGAACUUCCAAUCUUGCAACAAACCAGUAAAAAAAAAUUACUUCUUGACCCCAGAAUGCCAGUCAGAUUAAUCCUUGGAUCAAAAAGCUAUUACCCUACAUUGAAAAAUUAUAUCCGUGAAUAUUCUGUUUUUGCAAGUAUUCAUCGACUUGCUGUUUGAACAUCUGUAUGGGAUUUUGAACCCUUUUUGAAUAUAGGAACCACAUCUGCCUUCCUUCAAUCCUCCAGAACACUUCCUGAAAGAAAAGAAUCUUGCAAGAUUAAAAACAGAGGUUUACUAUUUCUUCACUUAGUUCCUUAAGUACUCGUGGAUGAAUACUAUCAGGCCCUGGAGUUUUGUUUAUAUUGACUUUCUUUAGUUUCUGCAGCACCUUGUCUUGAGUUAACCAAUUACAAUUUUCUGCAAGUUUUUAUCAGCAAUCAUUUGCACAUCUAUUGCCAUGGGUUCUUCCUUAAUAUAUACAGAGGAGAAAUAGUUAUUUAAAAUUUCUGCCUUUUCCUGGUCUUCAUUAACGAACAACCCCAUCCCAGUUUUUAGUGUACCUACACUUUCAUAUUAUAUUUUUAUUUAUUUAUAAUUUAUGUACUAAAAAAUGCUUUGGGUUUGGUUUUGCUCUCUUUGGCUAUCAUUUUUUCAUUUUGAAGUUUAGCGAAUAUAAUCGCUGUUUUGCAGACAUUAUUUUUUUUAUCAAUUUCUUUUUAUUAGAGUGAAGAAGUUUUAAGCAUAUACAAUGUAAUAACAAGGCACAAUAGAGUUCCAUACAAAACAGCGUUAAUCACAAUGCAUUGUACAACAUCCCUAGACCAUUGUUGGCCCCAUAUCUUCCUUUUUUUUUUUUUGUUAUGUAGUAAACACCCUUACAGGGAUAUGAGGAGAUGAGAGAGCCAAUUUAGGAUCUUGAACUUAUCACCAAGUUUUAGCUAUAGGGCUCUCGCCCAGUAGAUCAUCAGAGAUUAUGCAAACCAUUUUACAUACACUUUUCCAUAAGCAUGUAACGUCUCAGCCUAUCCCCGUAUGUGCGGACCGCACAUAGGAGAGCUAGGGUUCCUAUCGUGGUAGUGUGUAUCACUGAGUGUUUGAGUAGAAAGGAGUAACAAGAGGGGGAGAGAAGAGGGAGAAGGGAAAAGGGGGAGGGCAUGAUUUGAUUUUCUAGAGUUGCACCAAGCAUACGUCAUUAGGGUGCGGUAAAAUGAAGUAUUAUGUCCUCUCGAAAUGUACUGCACUCUGCCUUACAUAUAGCGAGCUCAAUGUCACUUAACUAUGUGAGCUCGGAUUGUGACCUCCAUCUUCGUUCGGGUGCGUGUGUUGGGGUCCACCAGGUCAUUUAACCAUUCAUUGGUGGUAGUUUAGAUAUAUGGCCAAAAGAGAGGGAGAAUGAGGAGGUAGCAGAGGUGUACCAGUUCUACUGAGAACGUGGGUGGGGGGGGGAGGGGGGGUUAUAAUGUUGGGACGUGCACAUUGGCCUUGCCCCGGAGGGCAGCGCGCCGCCAGGCCACCGCCCUAGCUCCUCGUGUUUUGUGAUAUGAAAGUGAUCCAUGGAAACCACCGUUUGGCAUGUUUGUCCCCUCUGUCCUGUAUGGAUGCCUGUAGUGCUUCAGCCCCUUGGAUAUCCUCAACCCUGCGGAUCCAGUCUUCUUCGUUGGGUAUCUCCGUCCGUUUCCAAUAUAACGGAAUGAGCGACUUGGCCGCGUUCAAAAGAUGUCUGAGAAUUGAUUUCUUAUAGGAGGAUAACGGCAUCUGCGAUAUAUGUAGGAGGGCCAGAGCAGCCGACCAUUCCGUCACAUCGCCCAGUAUAUCUGUUAUUCGUUGUUUGAUCAGAUCCCAGAAUGGGGUUAUUUCGCUGCACUCCCACCAUAUAUGCAUUAUCGUCCCUCUGGCAUCUCCAGCAUGUAGGUGCAACAGUUGGGAAGAUCCUAUGUAGGAGAACCGGGGUCCGAUACCACAAGGUAAUCAGUUUAUAGUUCGUUUCUUGAUAUUGAGAACUAACUGAGCUCUUGUGUUGCCACAGAAGUGCCUUAUCCCAUUGUUGUGACGUAAAGGUUGUGUCCAUCCGCUCCUCCCAUUGCCUGCGGAACAUUGCAUUCGCCGUCAGGUGCCCCGUCAGGAUGUGUUGAUAAAGUAUAGAGAGAGAGCAUUAUCCAGUACGAUCUUCCUCUCACAGCAGUCCUCGAACCAUGUGCGAUCCCUGUGCAAUCGUUCCUUCUCCCGCAAAUUAUUGUGGUAGUGCUUCACCUGUAGGUAACGGAGUAUUGCCAAUGGCGUCCGUGGUCGUCCCUCUAAUAGGGCGUCCACGGAGCGCAGUGAACCAUUCCGCAAGGUUGUGUGGAUUGGAACGUACUCACGUCCUUCCAGAAAAGGCCACAUCACUGGUGGAAAUCCGCCCCCUAUCUCUUUGUUAUGAGUGAUGGAAAGCAUUGGACUAGGUGUAGGUGAGAUAUGGAUUACCUCUCUCAUGGAGUUCCAGGUGUAUAGCGUUUGUUCCAGUAGUCCCUCGUUAGUUAUUCGCAAUGCUCUUCUGGUUCCCCCUCCCCAGAUGGCUGGUUGCACAGGAGUGUCGGGGUUGUCCCGUGUCAGUGCCACCCACUGCUUUUGUUGGGGUUCUGCGUGCAGCUCAAUUAUACGCUGCAGGACUGUGGCUUGGUGAUAUUUCCUGAAGUCGGGCAACGCUAGCCCACCACGAUGCCUGGGGAGACAGAGUAAGUCAAAUCGUAAUCUCGCCCUCUCCCUUCGCCAUACGUACCGUAUGACCGCAGAUUUUAGUGCGGAGAAGAAGGUGGUCGGUAGGGCCAGUGGGAUUGUUUGGAACGGAUAAAGCAGCCGUGGUAGAAUGUUCAUCUUUAGAACAGCUACCCGCCCAUGCCACGAGAUGUGCGGGUGCGCCCAUCUUUUCAAGUCCUCUGUUACUUUCUGCAGGAGAGGGGUAAAGUUGUGUCGGUACCGUUUUGCAGACAUUAUUGGCUUCCUUAUAUCUUUUAUAGGAUUCCGCUGAUUUGUCCGAAUUUUUUUAUUUUUUAUUUUUUUUUUACUUUUUUUUAAAUGCCCUUUUGUUAUUUUUAAUUUCUUGUUUUGUUUCUCUCCUAAGUCACAUCGGUUUCAAUUUGUUUCCAUUACCCAAUGGUACAUACAAUAUGUUGGAAUAUGUUCCAUUUAUCCUCAGUGUUCUUUUCACUAAAGAGUUUAUGCCAGUCAAUAUUUUGUAAAGCUGCCCUUAACUUAUAGAAACUGGACUUUUUAAAAUUAUAUGUUUUAGUAUACCUCACGUGCUUUUGUUUUUUUGAGUUUAUUUCAAAGGACACUAUAUUGUGAUCACUAUUUUCUUGAAUGUUGGUCAAAAGAUCAACGCUAUUGGUUAGAACCAGGUGUAGACAAGCGUCCUUUCUAGUUGUGGCAUGAAGGUGUCAUUUAACAAGUUCAAAAACCUAAUUCCCUUUGCCGAACUACUAGUCCCUCUGUCCCGAUUUUAUGUCUGGAUAAUUAACGUGUUACCCAGAUUUGCAGCUUUCUCAGUUUGCUCAGCUGUUGUUCCUCAUCAAUAUUAACAUUAGGUGGUUUGUAACGUAUCCCAACCAAUCGUUGAUUUCCCUUCUUUUGCCCCAAGCAGAUAUUUACUCAAAGUUUCCACAUCUUCCUCAUCACAUUCCACUUGCAUAAGAUAACUCAUGGUUGACAUACAAACAUACCCCACCACCUUUCCUGUUUUUUUUGUCCUUCCAAAAUAGUGUGUACCCAUUUAAGUUAACUGCCCAGUCAUGUGUUUCAUCCCACCAUGUUUCAGUUAUGCCAAUUAUGUCAAAUUGCUUAGUGCAAGGGUGUCCAAACUUUUUUCAGAGGGCCAGAUUUGAUGAAGUGAAUAUGCGUGAGGGCCGACUAUUUUGCCUGACAUUCUUUGAACCAUUAAAACUAAAUGCAAAUUAACUAUUUUAUGCAAAAUUUAUUGCAAACUACAUACUUUUCAUUUCCUCUCUUUUAUUCUGUCCCUUCAUUCUGUCCCUUCUCUCUUUUAUUUUGUUUCUUUUAUUUUGCCCCUUAAUUCUCUGCCUCCAGGGAGAAGGAAUGAACCCCCCCUCCUCCCCAACGUCGAUGUCCAAGAGAUCUGGAGAACACAGACCGAGGAUGAGCAGUGACUGCACGUCUGUCUGCGUUCUCGCGAUCUCUUGGCCCCCAGUGAAGCCCCGUGCGCCGCUCGGAACAGCGGCGUUUAAAGAUCCAGGGAUCCUGAGCAGCGCUAGGGGAUUCACUGGGGGCCACAACAGAUAGAUUAGCCAAAUUACCUGUGGGGCCGUAUUAAACCGGAACGCGGGCCGGACUUUGGACAUGACUGGCUUGGUGUAUGCUAUUGCCUCUAGUUCCCUGAUUUUGUUAUUUUGGCUUAUUGCAUUAGUAAGCAUACAUUUAAUAUUAUCAUGAGUCACUUGUACUUUUUGUAAAUUAUCAACAUUACAUACUUUCUGUAUUCUGAGCUUGCUCCUCUCCCUACCCCCCUUCUACUGAGAUAAAGCCCAUCUCCUUUCUGUCCUAUCUCCAUUUUGUAGAUUGCUAUGACCCACCCCCACUACUAGUUUAAAAUGUCCUCCAACCUUCUAGCCAUCCUAUCCCCCAACACUGCAGACCCUUUCCCGUUUAGGUGCAACCAGUCACUGAAGUCAUGGUGGUUGGAGUAAUCCUUCAAAAUCAGGAAAGGAUAUUAAUUAUUUCCUAGGGAUGAACUACAUAUCCUAUGAACCCCGCUGAGAUUUGUCUGGCUUUCUAAUAAUUUUUUUUGUCUCUGUGUAAGAAAUAUAAUAUUGUCUAAGGAGGUAUGCAUUUCACGUUAUGGGGUUCUGUUACUAUUAACUACAUUUUUGGCCAACAGCUGGCUAGGCAACUCUCUGUUCUCACAGUAGUGAUACAUAAUAAAAUUGUCAACAAAAACUGGAGGACUGCAAUAUAGUGAUUUUGGAGUUUAGAGGUUUUUUUUUUUUUUUUUUUUAAUAAAAGAGGAAAAAAGUUUGGGUUGUAUCACUAGAAAUAGCUGAGUUGCUCUCAAAGCUUUAUGCUUUAAAGAUCGUGAUCAGCCUGAAGAAUAUUAGUAACAUGAAUCCACAUGCCACAGGCAAAUAGUUAUUGGCUGAACUAUCCUGAGCAGCAUUUUUGUGUGAGCGCCAGACUCAUCGAGUGUUGUUUAUAAGAUACCCACAAAAUGUACCUUCUCUAUUUUUUGACACCAUUGAGGUCUCCGAUCAAGACAAAUUGCUUCUUAUCAUAAGAGUACUCACAUGUUACUCACUUGGAAAGGGUUAAGCUUUAAUUACUGCUUUUUUAAUGUUUUCCAAAAAACUGAAGCCUCUUAGGCCUGAAUAUUCAGAUAAACAUGCUUUACCUUAUAUAAUCAUAGAGCAGUGUCCAAUGCAAUAUUAUUUCAAAACACAAGACUUUAAAAUUAUCUUACCACCUUUGAAGGAUGAAUAACUUGUUAUAAGAUGAUCAUGUAUACUACUGGGUGUUUGUUUCUGUAGGUAUGUUAUAAUUAUUACCUUUUCGCAUUUUGGAAGGCAUAUUCUUAUAAGCCGUGAAAAGACAAUGUGUGUCCCAUAUGCAGAUUCUCAAAAAAAAAAGCUUAAAGGCUUGAAAUAUGGUGUUCUCAUCAUUUUUGUAAAACACGUGCUGAAUUGCUAAAUUCUCUACAUACCAUAUGAGUUACGUUGGAGUGUUCGUAAGCCAAGUUCCACACACACACACACACGUUCAGAAACUGCUGAAUUUGACUAUUUUAUUUAGUACCUGUAUUUUACUGUUGUCUUGGUUUGAUACUUCGGACAUCAUUCCUACAUGUUAUCAUGACUUUGUGGCCUUAGUAAGGGUUAAAUAUAUACAAAAUAAAAAUUAUAUAUAGAGCACUGAAACAAUCCUGUAUUGGCAAAGAAAUGGUCUCCAGGGACUCCAUUGUUUUGAAAGAGGCUUAAAUGAACACUCCAAGAACUAUAACAACUACAGCAUGUAAUUAGUCAGACCGUUUUUAGAAUAAUUUGGCUUUUUACCUGUGGUAAGCUAGUAUCUAAACCAGCCUCCACUAGUGUCUUCAGAGAGCAUAAGUUGCUGUGUAUGAGCUUCCAUUCACUCUCAUACAUUUUAACUAAGCCCAGCAAUGCCAGGUUUAUCUCAGACAGAGCUUGUUUCGGUGGUACGCAUGAACUACGGCUGCCACCUACAUUCCCCGCAUAUCGAAGUGCACACACCCCUAAUGGCCAUACUGCUGGGACUUUUUUCUUAACUCUUUUCCUACCUUUCUGGGAUACCUUUAUUUUUCCUAUGCUUAACCCCUUAAGGACACAUGACAUGUCAUGAUUCCCUUUUAUUCCAGAAUUUUGGUCCUUAAGGGGUUAAACAAAAUACUUGAUACAUGGUCUGGAAUACUGUAAUGAGGGUUAUUUUUCAAUCUGAUGGCUGUAAUAUUGCAUUGUAUGCUAUAUAUCCGUUAUCUGUAAGUACCUUCCAACCUCACUGUAUCCUAUCAUUAAAUACUGUUAUCGCAAAAAUAAAGAAUAAAAAAUAAAACUAUUUCCGCAAGGUAUCACAGAACAGGAGGAGCACACAAGCUCCAAAAGGCAUAACUGUUACAGAGCAAUAAUGUGCAGUUCCAUAUAUUUAGAAUGGGUGAUGCCAACAUGUACCUUAUCAGCUGUUGUAUAAUGUAGAUUUCCCAGAAUGCUUUGCAGACGCAGCAAUGAGUACACAGGGCAUUUUUUUCAAUGCCAGGCUUCCUGUAAAUAGACCUGUUGAUGUUAAUGCUAUGCUAGAUAAAAUUUCCAUUGACUGCUUUUAUGAAAAGAUUAACUUUGUGAUUUCAAAAUAUGAUGGUUGCAUUAUACGGAUUUGCUUUGAUAAAUAUUCUUUAUAGCUUAUCUUUUAUUUCUCUCAGAGAGUUCAGUAUCUGGGAACUGGGAUUUGUUUAUGGAACAUUAAUUUGAUAUCCAUGACGGAGACUACAGGCUUACAUUACAAUAUCUUAAUUGGUUUGUGUGCUGCUGCAAUUUAUAGUCCUGGUCGCCUCCUUAAGGUCACACUGUGCCUGCAGAGUCUGUCAUACUCGUAUCCCUUAGUGUGCUUCCAGCUGUGACAAAUCUUUGUGUUGGAUCUUUGCUUGACUAUUAGCAGGUGUUUGUGCAUUUCGCAUCUUGUGUUUUACCUAAACACUUUUGACUAAAUGAAACCAAUUAUGUAUAGAUCUAUUUUGUCUUUUUAAAGGACCACCAUAGUGCCAGGAAAACAUACUCGUUUUUCUGGCACUAUAGUGCCCUGAGGGUGCCCCCACCCUCAGGGUCCCCCUCCCGCCCGGCUCUAGGGGGAGGAAGGGGUUAAACUUGCAUCUUUCUCCAACACUGGGCGGGGAACUCUCCGCCUCCUCUUCAGCUGAAUGCACAUGCGCGGCAGCAGCUGCGCGCGCAUUCAGCCAGUCCAUAGGAAAGCAUUCACAAUACUUUCCUAUGGACGCUGGCGUCUUCUCACUGUGAAAAUCACAGUGAGAAGCGCGGAAGCCCUCUAGUGGCUGUCUCAUUGCUGGAUUAACCCUAAAAAUUCUAUAUGCUAUGUUUAUAGAAAAAAAGGGUUAAACCUAUAUUGACCUGACACCCAGACCACUUCCUUAAGCUGAAGUGGUCUGGGUGCCUAUAGUGGUCCUUUAAUUAUAUUGACAAAGGCUGGAGCUAAAGGCAAGCUCCAAACUCUGUUAUCUUAACAAAGGAAGCGCAGCUUGCCUGAAGCCCCCCAACAUUUAUCUUUUAUGUUUAAAAGAGAAAUAGAUCAGAAAUGACAAAGAUCAGAUUCUGGAAUAGAAGAAAGUGUCUGUCACCUCAAACCUAUCUUUCUUCUGUAAGUGGUGAUUAAAUCUUUGGUGGCUGGCCUGCAGCCUCUGGGAACCGCAGUCUGCUUCCUUCAGCUCAUGGUGCUUCAACCACCAGUGAGGAAUGUCCUGCCGGGACAUGCUAUAAACACCAGAACCACUACAUUAAACUGUAGUAGUUAUGGUGACAAUAGUGUCCCUUUAAGAUUUUUUUUGAUGUUGAAAAUAAAGUUUUUAAAAAAAAAAAACAAACAUGGGGGAAAAAAAACCUCUGGCUCCUAGAUUCGUAGCAAACUUAUCAUGCCUAAACAUUGUUUGUCUAUACUUUGACUUUGAUAAAGAUGAGAUGACAUUUCAUGAUUAAUGCAGAAAAACAACUAAUUCCAAAUGGUUCACCAACUUUUUCUUGCCACUGUAGAGCACUGUAUUAUUACUAUUUACUCUAUUUAAAUGUAAUUGGUGUUGCUAAGCUGUGUGGCUUCUUAUUUCAAUACAUAAACAAACAUUAUAUUGCCAGUCUAGGACACUUAUCCCAGUCACCCUUCUGCUUACUUACAAUUGCAGUUAUUCAAAUACACUAUAAGGGAAAGCUAUGUGAUGUAGGUUGAUGCCAGUCCCACGCUUCAAGUGACUCCUUUACAGCUUUCUGCUACUGAGCUGGUGCUGUAUGCCCACUUUCCACUAUAAAUCCAUUUAUAACGUCACAAAUUGAACUAUUGGUGCUAUUAGCUUGCCAGCAGCUAAAUUCGUGGGGUUUUGAUAAAUGCGAAUGCUGCUUAGUGUUGAACUACACAACCCUUCUUACAGGUUUUUAUGGUACUGGACAUUACCUGAACAUUAUUGAGGUAGACUGGCUGUGACAUUUUGGCUAGUUCCUGGUUAGAGCAUUGCCUUGGAACUGGCUCAAAUCCUGCUCAGACCAUCCCUGGGCCCAACACUGAACAAUAUAUAUCAAUUGCUCCUAGUCUGUAAGCUUAUUUGAGCAGGGCCUUCUUCGUAUCCCCCUUCUAAUUGUAAAGUGUUUUUUUAGAAUAUAUUAGCACUAUAUAAAUGCAGCUGAUAUAGGCAGAUAUUGGUGGUGUGCUGCGUACAGUGGACGUUCAGAGGUGUGUAACUUAUCUAAUCUAUCUGUACAUAAUACACAAUCAUAACAGGAGGUUUACAUAGAAAUACUCUAAAUACCUUUACUUGAGAUCUUUCUUUAGAGCUGAAAUGUGCACUGUGAAAAUUUCUCUCAUCCUGCAGCCCUUGUAAUGUCACUCCAGUUAGACAGAGCAGGCCUUUGAAACCUGUUAAAUCUUUGAAGUGCCUCACUUAAUAAUUGAAGCACUCUCAUGGUCGUAGCCUUGUAUAGUAUUUUAUUCUAGUCUAGUAAAAGGUACUGUCUUUUCAUUUGAUCUGCUCUGAUGUUUGUUUGUUUUUUCUAGUGCUGGUGACUGUGAUUUGAGUGGUUCGGGGAUCCUUUCGAGGUCUGCGGAUUAUUUGUUGGUGUCUAGAAGUAGUUCUAGCAGUUUGGGUGACACUUCUGAAAGGGCCGUUUUUAAUUGAGAUCAUUACUUGUAAUUUGUAUAAUAGUCCGUGGGGAUCACUAUAUUUGCUUGAGCAUUAAUUAACUAACUAGGUCAUUACACUAAAUUGGACUCAGUUGGCCUAGAUCUUCAGUUUGAGAAGACAAAUGUUUGACUAUGAGCAAUGUCAGGCGUUCCUCAUCUGUCAUAGUUUAAAAUGUUUUGAGGGUUUUGUCCCUAUUUUACCUGUGUGAAUGACUACUCUGCCAUUGAGUUGAACAUGAGAUUAUAUUUUCACUGCUUCCUCUACUCCUUAUUCUUUUCAAUGGAGCCCAUAAAGGAACACUCCAAGAACCAUAACCACCACGUGCACUGUAGUGGUUAUGGUUCCAUGAGUGCCUUAACAUCCCACCAUAGUAAGAUGUUAGAACGGUUUGACUCUGGAGUUCUGGGCCCAGUCUCCACCGAUGCUUAGUGGCUGUCCUGAGCCAAACCUUGGCUCAGAGUGUCAGCUGAAGAUUAGCUCAGGGAAGAGAGCUUCUGGCUGUCAGUGAGUAGUAGUAGAGGCCAGGAGCGGUGCCCUGCGGACCACAGGUAACAAGUCAAAUCUGUUCUACACCAACUAUAUAUUUAUUUUAAAUUUUUAUUUAUUUUUAUUGCUAAGUGUUGUACAUCCUUUCAUUGAAAGAUCUUUGGGCUCUAUAAACCUUAAUGGCGAAUACAUCAAAAACCCCUUCAAUUGGCUCACUUCAGGGUAACCUUGUGUGUGUGGACAUGUUCCAGAAUCUGUUCCUAAAGGGACUGUGUAGGCACCAUAACUGCUUAAUAUUGUUAUAGAUUCUGAAGUACCCUGGAGUUAUUCUUUCAAUUGGCAUUAAACAAGAGUCCUCUCUCUGCUGCUUGGACUAAUGAGGAAUGGGUGGUUGUGAUUGUCUUGUGUGUCAGCUGACCCACAUUGAAAUUGCUGGUAUGAAUUGGUAUAGCUAUGGACACACCUUCAGUAGGAGCAGGGCUGUAGGAAGCCAGGGUUAAACUGCUUGAAAAUGGUUUAAGCUUCACUGUCACCGUUUGGGGACUUUGCCGAAUUCGCAAAGUCCUGCGACUGUGACAUCGUUGCUUCGAGUUUGGUGGCCGAGUGGAGCAGAUAAAGGUGUGUUUACUUACCUGAACCUGUCCUUCGCAGACACAGUCGUCUUGGUCUGGUGUGGUCCGCGUCGAUGCUGACGUCACUGCUGUAUUCUUGCGCAUGCGUGAGUACAGCAUUGAAAUCCUUCAUAGACACAGAAAAUUCCUUGCAGCCAUCACUGGUGAUGUCUGAAGGGAUUGACACUUAGACUCCACCUUGUGUGAAAGAAAGUCAGGCGGAGGAGAAAUACAGCAACAAAGUAGUCCCUUGACUGAGUUGGAAUUUCAGUGAAAUUCCAACACUGUCAUAAUGAGUAUAUUAUAAAGAUUCUGCCGCUUUAACAUUGAAGGGAGGGACAGUGCCAGGGGACUCUAGAAACUGUAAUUCAUUCAGCGAUAUUAAAUAAUUAUUGUGCCUACAGUGCCCCUUAAGUCGGGCUCACAGAGUUGUUCAGUAAAUGGUAUAUUUACCAACAGUGUGCACUCAAGAUGCUUUCAGUUGACAUUUGGGUUUUGAAUCUGUCCUGUGCCAACAGGUUGCAUUUGUUUAGACCGUUGUAUCCCAGUUUUUAAAACAGGCUGAUAAUAAGAAAAAUAAAUCCUGAUUUCCUGGUCAUAACCUGUCCGUUCCCUCAAAAACUCCAGGCUUCUCCAUAUACUGAACAUUUAUGGAGUACUUGAUUAAAACACAUUCAUUAAAUAAUAUACUAAUUGCACUUUGAUCACUAAAAGCACUUGUAUAUAAUUGUGAAAGUCACUUUUUUGCAAUAUUUCUAAUUCAUUAGUUUAUAACAAGAAACAAGAUUACGUUUUAUUAAGACUAAAUUAGUAGAAGGCUCACUGUUCAAUGUAAUAUAACCAUUUCUUUUUUUUUUCUUGGCAGAUCUGCACCCUGCUUUUCUCAUUCCUCUAUCUCCUCUCGUAUAUGGUCAUCACAAAGUUCAAAAAGCAUGCUGACUUUACAACAGGUAAGUGCUACACAAAUAUUGUAACCGUUUUUAUUUCCUUUUUCAUUUAUAUUUUUUGUGUAUGUGUUUUGUGCAUCCAUACAAUCAUAAAUAGCAAGGUAAGUAUGUUUUCCCAGCAGGAAGCAUAGGAUUAAUGUGGUUAUCAGCCGCUAGGUAGACUUGGCAAGUCCAAGUAAGGUAACUCUAUUGAUCCUGCAAUAUUGGUGGAUAGGUUAAGGGCCAUGAAGAUAGUCAGGCCCCGCCCCCUUAUUUACAUUUCUAUAUGCAGAUUUAUAAACGCACAGUAGUUUCCCUUCACUUCAUGUAACUCUCCUUUUUGUGAUGUCUCUUCAAACUGCUCUAAGCCCAGGUCAUAGCACUUAGUAUAGUGAUCAGUUGUGCAAGUUAAUGGAAGUACCCAUGGACGAUUUAAGUCUGUAUCGUCACAGUAGUUCUCUAUUUUAGCAGUUUACAGUGUUCUUGAAAGUGGUCUGAAGUAUUUAGAAUUGGGCAAUCAGCCUUGGAUGCAGUGGAACCAGCAGACACAUGACAUUACUGACUACUCCCCUUAUAUUGUGCCACUUUUCAAAGCACAUCACUUUUUAUACAUGGCCUUCAUUAUCGCAUAAUCAUUUUGUUAAUGCAGGUCAGGACAACAAGGCAUGUGCUGGGGCGUCUUAGCCACUGUCUGAUUUUAAGGCCCAUAAUGUCUUUAUCUAACUCUGCUGCCAGAGACCGAAGCUCACAUCCUUAUCACUUCUCAUUUUGUGCCAUACUGAGACACAGAAUUACAGGCAUAUCAGCCACACAAAUAGAGACCACAUUGUGUUAAGGGCAGUGUGUCCAUCCUCUGCCAGCUGCUCAAGAAUUUAGCUGUUCAGUCAUUCAGUAGUUUAUGUAUAAAAAUAGGGGUUGUCCUGUCAGGGAAGAAAUGGUGCAAAAUUGUGCAAAACUGUAUAAGGAGACUAUAUUUAAAAGAAGAAAAACUACCACAACAAGAGGACAUAGUCUUAAAUUAGAGGGACAAAGGUUUAAAAAUAUCAGGAAGCAUUACUUUACUGAGAGGGUAGUGGAUGCAUGGAAUAGCCUUCCAGCUCAAGUGGUAGAGGUUAACACACUAAAGGAGUUUAAGCAUGCGUGGGAUAGGCAUAAGGCUAUCCUAACUAUAAGAUAAGGCCAGGGACUAAUGAAAGUAUUUAGAAAAUUGGGCAGACUAGAUGGGCCGAAUGGUUCUUAUCUGCCGUCACAUUCUAUGUUUCUAUGUAUACCCAAAUUAUAGUGAAAGUAUGUGCUACAUGGCCACUCACAAUUUGAAAAAGAUAAGAGCCUUCAGUAUAAUGGAUGUAGAUGUAGAUCUGUUAAGUCUUGAGCUUUAUAUAUCUCAAAAUAAGGUGAGACAAGGUGCAAUCCAAUUAAAAGGCAGCCAAAUAAAGUGCACAAUGCAGAUUUAUUGACUUACAUCAAAGUUAGUAUUAGCAGAUGUAGUCUGUCACCAUAAGAUCAAAAGGUUGGCCCGACGUGUUUUGUCCCACCCAGGGACUUCCUCGUGGACAAUUCAGUGCUAUUCAGACAAAUUACAAAGUGCAUAUAAACUAUUCUCACUUUCCCAGCUACUAGCUUUCUUCCGAUCGGUGCUUUAAUCUUCUCAGUUGUUUGCAGUGAAGUCAGAUUUACUUUUUGGUUUUGCCUUUUCUGACGUCACCACUCCCCUUUUCUGAUGAUUCUAUUGAGGAAAUCAUCAGGAUUUUCUACACCUGAAGGGAAGUUUAUUCAUUAAAUAAUAUACUAAUUGCACUUUGAUCACUAAAAGCACUUGUAUAUAAUUGUGAAAGUCACUUUUUUGCAAUAUUUCUAAUUCAGUAGUUUAUAACAAGAAACAAGAUUUCAUUUUGUGCCUCUUGCGUAUAAGGUGUGGAGUGUUCUGUGACUUUGACUUUACAUUAAAAGAUCUUUGUACCUGUAAAAUAAUUCCCCAGAUUGCCAGUCAGAAGGAAAAGGUGGUCCAGACACUCCAUCAAUUCAAGUAGCUUUAUUGGACAUGAACAGACAUUGCAACAUUUCAGCCCACAAUGGGGCCUUUGUCAAGUGUGUGGCAAUUAUCUAUCUCAGUCAGUAGAAUGCAAUAGAAGCACUCUCUACUGCUCACUUUGAACAUUUGUCUAGUGAUACAAAUAGUGUCACAGCACCAAAGUUUGCUUCUUUUUACCUAAGUCCUGCCAGGCCUUGUGUCUCCACUUAAUGCAGGAUUACGUCUGUCUUCUGCAUAGCUGCAGAAGCCGGAUGCCAAUCCUGCCACUCAUUCAUUGGCUGAAAGUGUCAGCUGACCACUCUCAGCCAAUGAAUAAGCAUCCGUGAAUGUAUAAUGGUAUAUUGUAUAUUAUGAAGGUAAUGCACAGACCAAUCAAAUUACCAUUGAAUGUGUCAACACAUGCAGUGUCUGCCAUGAAGAUAUCACAUUCUUAGGAUUUAUUGCUGUGCACAUAACCGUAGGACUGUCUGACAUGGAUAUUCAAUAUGAACUUUAAAUCUCUCAUGUCAUAUUUGUUUUUGUUUUUUUUAAAGGGGCAUGCCAGUCCACUUUUUACAAAAGAACAGAUUUUAAAAAGGGAACCCUACCACUAUCCCCUCGUAAUGCACACCCUACAUCAACACUAACCCUAAUGCAUAGGGAUUCCCUUUGCUGAUGUAACUGCGGCCACAUUUCCCCUGCUUACACAGUAUCAAGUGUGUGUUUUUGUGUGAUUGCAGUAACAGUGGAAGAUGCAUCUCAUCUUGCAGAUUCAUUCACUCAGCAAAAAUAAACAAUGAAGAUUCUGGUCACUUUAGUUUGCACAGACCCUCACUCCUCCCCCAGCCAACACUGUGUCCCUGCUGAUCACAUAGUAAUUGGUCCUGAGCAGCAUGCACACCCAACUGCUGGUCACUUUUAUCGGGGAAGCCAAUACGAUCUGGGUCUACCACUCUUGGAAGGAAUCUUUGAGUCCUCUGGAUUCUGAGAGAAUAUUUGUGGUUGAAGCUACAGUGAUUUUAAAUAGUUACAGAUGGAUACCUGGUUCUCCUGGAAUGAAGAGGAUAAUCCAUGCCUUUUUAGGGACUGUAAAGGUCACUAUUUCUAGGAAGGCACAGAACGUUAAAGCGUUGAAGUCUGUGCUGCUGCCUUCAUUUCAUUUCCUGUUUCCUGAGCAUGUGUUCUACUCUUUAUUGUAAAACUCAUAACAGGAAAACAAACUUCCCUCCACGUGUGACAAACUAGCACAUACUAACUUUCUGUAAAAUGUAUAAAAACACUUGUGUAAAAUCUAGCACAGUUAUUUCAAAUCUUUUUACAUUUAGGCAUCCAAUCUGCUCUAAUUAUCUUAUUUCUAUUUCAGCUUGUGCUAUGCUCUGUUGAGUUAUCAGUAGUGCAAUGGUCAGCAGGUUAUGCACAGUACCACUUCAGUACUUUAAACCGUAGUUAUUUGGUAGAAAGGAGACACUGUGUAUUUCUAUUUUCUCUUGGCAGGUUUAGUGCACUCAUUGCAACAUUAAUAGUUUUCCACACUGUCAAAGACUGACGUUGAGUUUUUUUUUGUCUCUCAAACAGUUGAUGUUGAAGAUGCAGCUGUCAACAGGAUUGCGUAAGUCUGUUGUAAUUGUUUUUUUUUUUUUUUUGUAUAUUGAUGGCCUUUAUUUUAGUCUAUACUGUAAGCUUUAUCUGUUCCUGUGUACAGCUCCUGGCGUUUGGCAGCCUCAUAUUUAAUAAACACAGGAUUUCAAGUGAAGUCUGUGCCCUGCGCUGGUUCACUGAAAAACGUUUUAUGAAACCUAUACUAAAUUAUUAACAGGAAUUGUAUGCUUCUUGGAUAUCUAUAGACUUUCAGAAAAUGCAUUAAUAAGUAAAUAAACCUGUUGGUACAUUUAAUGGAGUGGGUGGGCUUUCAAGUGACCACCCAUCCAUUGCCCUUGCUCCCUGGAAUCCACUUUGACCUUUCAAGUCUUUAGAAUUUACUAUAAUUCAGUGUUAAAGAAACACUUAUCAAUUAUUAGAACUUUUUUUACGUAUAUUUAAUCUUUGAUGCCAAAUUUGUUACAAUAUGCCAUGAUUGUUAUUAAAAACAAAUAAAAAGGAUGACUGUGUUUCUAUAGGUAAAAAAAUAGACCCCUCAUUUGCAUAUAAAUGAUUGACAUCUUAAUUGCAAAAGGACUGGGAUUCAUAUUACUCUACAAAAUUAACCUUUUAAAAGCUGCUCAAACACAUGUGGACUUCAAUCUCAGCAAGUAUGUUUAAAGUUUGAAAGCUAAUUAUCAACUCCAUCAGAGCAGGGAUAAUUAUAAAGUGAAUUCAGAGGGCCCAGAACCAUAAAUUAGCUUGGCCCUGUUAACUAUGCUUAUGUGAAGAAUAAAGGGGUAUGCCCAAACUAGUAAGCUGCAUUAAAGGACCACUAUAGUGCCAGGAAAACAUACUCGUUUUCCUGGCACUAUAGUGCCCUGAGGGUGCCCCCACCCUCAGGGACCCCCUCCCGCCCGGCUCUGGAAAGGGGUUAAAACUUACCUUUUUCCAGCGCUGGGCGGGGAGCUCUCUGCCUCCUCCUCCUCCUCCUGGGCUGAAUGCGCGCGCAUUCAGCCCGUCGCAUAGGAAAGCAUUUACAAUGCUUUCCUAUGGACGCUUGCGUGCUCUCACUGUGAAAAUCACAGUGAGAAGCACGCAAGCGCCUCUAGUGGCUGUCAAUGAGACAGCCACUAGAGGAUUAGGGGGAAGGCUUAACCCAUUCAUAAACAUAGCAGUUUCUCUGAAACUGCUAUGUUUAUAAAAAAAAUGGGUUAACCCUAGAAGGACCUGGCACCCAGACCACUUCAUUAAGCUGAAGUGGUCUGGGUGCCUAGAGUGGUCCUUUAAUCUUUCUCUUAAUGCCAUGAAAACUUUAAUAUUGGAAGCACUAUUUCAAAUCUAUAACCAAAUUUAAUAAUAGAAAUGUGUUCAAAGUUCCCUGAAGAAAAACCCUUCUCCCAUCCUGUGUGAUGACUUUUUAACACGUCCUUGAGCAUGUGACAGGACAGACGUAAUAAAAUGGAAGUUAUCAUGAAGAGGGGGUUACUGUUCUAUUCAAGAAUUAUCCCUACAUUUUUCCAUGAAUGCCCCUUAAUUGCUGUCAGCAAUCUCUAAUUAGCCACGAAAAUGGUAGGUUUAGCAUAUAGGGUCAGGAAUACAAGUUUGUGUUCCUGAAACUAUAGUGUUCCUUUAAUAUAGUAUAUUCGUUUUUUUGUUUUUUUUAUUAUGAUUAUUAUAAUAAAGCAAAAUGGUUUUAAAAGCUCAUAAAAUACAAGAUUUCUUUUCAUGUGGAAGCAGGAGAUGAUGCAUGUGAAGUAGGUUAGCUGGUAUUGUACUGCAACUACCAUUAUGCUUGGCUUUCUGCUGGACAGUAUAGUAGAACAGCUGUAGUUUGUUGGUCACUUAAUGCAAUGCAUCUUCUUUUGCUGGUGUCUGGAGUGAAUUAAUGAUUGUAGACAUUGAUAUGGGGCAUAGUGCAGUCUGUCCCCAUUUGUCCCGGCUGUGUUUAAAUUCCAUGUGUCUUGUCAGAUCCUUCCCUUUUUUACUGGCCUUUGCUCUGCCACGCUGUCCUAAGGUAGAAACCUGAGCACAACGUUCAGCCGUAGACUUUCAACUGUUGCGUAUUUUCGCCUCCCUUUGACCUCUAGAAACUGCUUACUCUGUAACCCUGCAGCUGCCAGAUGCUUGGCAAAUAGACUGAACUGUUCUGCCUGCUGCUCUAAUUUCUUCGUGCUUCUGUAGGUGUUUAAAAUCCUAAUCACACUGGUCAUACUAAAUGAAGUUCCUUUAGAUUUUUUCCUGGGAGUUCGAUUAUUAGCAGGCCAGUUAUGGGGGAGGGGGAAGGGGUGUGUGAAGUGAAUUGCUUCCAUGUCACCACAGUCCUAGGGACCCUACGGUUAUGUAGGAGUAUUGUUUAGUUAUGUUCAUGUGCUUAUUUAAAGGUGCUCUUGUUGAAGGAUAUAGGAGAGAGUGGGGGCUAAAAUAAAAAUUGUAAUCCACCAGUAUCCGGCAAAUUAAAGGGACACUGUACAAACUGUAACUGCUUCAUCUCAUUGAAGUGGUUACAGUGUCUGGAAUCCACUGGUGCCAUCCUUCCAUUUAGUGUUAAACCACUUUUAAUGUUCACAGCAACUCCUUUCCCUAGUGCUGCUCUGGCUAAUGAGGAAGCAUUAGACAGCCAAUCACAGGUAACCACUGCUGCUUAGGUUAAGUGUGUCAGCUGACCACUUUCAGCCUAUUACAGGGCUGUUUUAGGUAUUAUUGGCUAUGGCUAGAAGGAAGUGUUUAAUCUCUGCCUUAGCAGCAGCAGUGGGAACAGGGCUGGGGGAAGCCUUGGACCCUCUUUUAGUAGAAACUGUUUAAAAUAGUUUAACACUAAAUGGAGUACGGAAGUACAGAACCACCCAAACACCUGUAAGAAAUUUCAAUGUUUGGAUUAAUCUCAUAAUUACAAUUAAAGAGACAGUAGACUGCUUAAUGUAGAGGUUCUGGUGUCUAUAGUAUGUCCUGUCUUGGUGCUGUAAACACCUCCUUCAUUGCAUCUCUAUAAGGAGAUGCUGAUUGGGGUGCACACAAUAGCCUCCCAAUGCUUUCCUAUAGGGGAACUCAUUGAUUUGGUCGAGAUCAUCAAGAUCUAAGCCAUGGAGACGGGGCUAGUCGCGGUGAGACCAGCACGGCAAGGGAGAAAAUGUAACUAAAAUAACAUCUAAACUGCUAGUUUAAAGGGAUUCUAUAGUGCCAGGAGAACUAAACCCGUUUUCCUGGCACUCUAGGCUCCUGCAGUACCCAACUCCCUUGUGUCCCCCUCCCGCAGUGCUAAAGGGGUUAAAAUCCCUUCCGUCACUUACCUGAAUCCAGCACCGAUGUCUCUUGUCGCUGGGUCAGGUUCCACCCACACUACUCCCCCGCCGGCAGGUCAGACCUAAAGCACAUGCGUCGCAAUGGCUGGGCUCGCAUUAGGAUUUCGCCGUAGGGAAGCAUUAUUCAAUGCUUUCCUAUGGGAAAAAAAUCUGACUCUAGAGGUCCUCAUGCAGAGCGAGUUUGUUUCGAUUCUGGAAGUCCCUCUACUAGACAGCCUGUAGAGAAGGAGUUAACCUUCAGAGGUAAUUAUUGCAGUUUAUCAGAAACUGCAAUAAUUACGACUGUACGGUUAAGCGACAUGGGACAUUGCACCCAGACCACUUCAAUGAGCUUAAGUGGUUUGGGUGCCUACAGUAUCCCUUUAACACUAUAUAGUAUUAUGAAUACAUAUUUGUGUUCCUUUAAGUAAUAGACCACAGGAUGUAUCAAUACCAGAUUCAUUUAAAACGCCACCCUUUAAAAAGGCAUGCUUUCUUAAAUGUUCCAGGCAAAUAAGGCAGCACAUUGAUUAUACCGUGGUUCAAAGACAUUGAGCUGAAUAUGCAUUUUUUUAAAAGGAUGCUACCAAGGCAAGUUAGGUGUCGUGUGGUUAAGUUAGCUUAAUUUUUGUCUGGUAGUUUUAGUGGGUCUUUGGAUUAGGGGUUGUUUAGGUUUGAUAAGGGACUCAGAAUUCCAGAGAUCAGGGAAUACCUGUCUUCAGUGUUCCAUGAAUUGCAACUGCCAUAGUACUUAUAGUCCACAGCACUCUAUGAACAGUGUCAUGAUGGAGGAUAUUUUAAAUGCUCAAGCAACCGAUAAAAUAGUUUAUUAACUUAAGAUGAGGGCUGUACACAACAUACUGCAAAUCCACUGCUCUACAGUCUAACAUUAUAUAGGCCAGGUUGGCCUAAGUUGAUGUAUACAUUUAUCGAUCAUAACAGCUCCACCUUAUGUAUGUUUAACAAAUUACCUAUGUAACCUGCAGUCACUCCUCACUUAACAUGUUACGCUUUGUUUGCAUUUAUCUUUAUGCUGUCUAUCUGGCAUUAAGCUGCUGCACUGUACACAAAGCACAUGUAAAGCAGUGGUUGACAGAUGGUUGCAAAGUGCAUCUUGAAAGCAAAAGUAGAUUGAUAGAGUUGGACGUAAAACGCCAAAGGGAAAAAGGAGCUGUUGUUCCAUAACCUUUUGUUUGUUAAUCUCUGACCUAUGCUUUGCAAUCUCAAGUUUUAUUUUUCUUUGGAAGGCGGGACAUCACCUAAUUUAAAUUAAUUUUUUUUUUUUUUUUUAAAUGUCUUCCCUUUACUGUCAAUACAGGGAUUUCAUAGAGACAUAGCUGAUUUUAAGUUUAAGUGUUCUUGCAUAGCAAGACCACUUAAUGUUAUCUCACAUAUAUAUUCUUAUUAAGUGUUCUUGCAUAGCAAGACCACUUAAUGUUAUCUCACAUAUAUAUAUUCUUAUUCUUAUUAUAGCCAAAUUUGCCACCCUAACUCCUCCCACAGUUUUUACACUACAUAGACAAAAAUUUACCAAAACGUGCAGAUUGUUCCCGAUCGGAUUGCUAUUACUUUGUGGAACGUUUCGCCGAAUGGUUCACGGAAUAUCGUCGUUCUUGUGGCGAAAUUUGUCCCAUAGGAAUGAAUGGCAAAGCUAGAGUGGGAGCUGGCAAAAGCUGAAAAAUCAGGACAUGAUUUCUAAACUGCCACCACUCCCUUAUUUUCAGGCCCACCUACACAAAUCUUAUAUCAAAACGUUCAGCUAUCCCUGCUGCCACUAAACAUGUCAACGGCUAAGCCGUAGUCCUGAUAGUUUUCACAAUAUGACCAUUUGUUUGCAACCAACGCCGUCCAUUGACAUUCAUUGAAACUUCACUCUGCAAAGCUCAAAUUUGAAGUGCAAUUUCUAAACUGCGACUGUGCCUUCAUUUUUAAUACUUCAGAGACAUACUAUGCAUCAAAAUGUAGGUCUGGGUCUUGUGAUUCUCACAAUAUAAAGCUCUUUGCUGUAGGAUUUAUAGUUUUUAAAAUACGACCGUUUGAAGAUGGCAACCGCCAAAAUACUCUGACCUGUGCCAGGCUGCAGCAGCAAGUGAUGUCAUAGACAGGGCCUUUUGAACACCUGCUAAUGUUUUUAUAAAUGUAUGGUUUAAUGUAACUGUGCAACAACGUUGCAAUUAAAUGUGCUAUAUAAAUGAUAACAGUUACUCCGCCCACUCCAGUUGUAGACUACUGGUGGAGGCAAGAACACUUCACACAAUUUCUCCAGAAAUUGUAGCUUAUCUAGUUGUAGAUGAAAUGGCUCACGUCCACAUUUUGGAGCCAUCAACUCCUUUAAAAUGUCCCACUAGAUCUGUCGGUCCCAGUGGGAAAUUGACUGUGCCAUAGCCCUAGAUGAAGUUUGGCUGAAAGCCCUCACUACCUUUUUAAAAUGGACAAAAUGCUAUUCCCACAUAGAGGCCCACAGAAAACUUCUCUACAGGUGGUACAUGACUCCCCACAUAUUGCGUAAGAUAUUACCGGCGACCUCCCCCACCUACUGGAAAUGUGUAUUUUCCUUCAUGUUUGGUGGUUGUGCACUGGCAUUCACCCACUCUGUCAUGAUGUUUUCACUAUUUUAACCUCACUGGGAGUGACAAACAUCCCCAUGACGGCCUCCACAUGCCUACUUCUACUGUUUCCCCCUGAUCUGGACCACUGGUAUAGACAAAUGACCGCAUUGACCAUAUUAGCAGCUCGUAACCUUAUAGCACUCAACUGGAAAUCCACUAUCUGCCCCCCGCCUUCCAAAUCAAAGACAAACUCCAACAGUUUUACAUCUAUGAACGAAUGUCACAAACCGAUAGCAAGAAAUUCCAACUGCUCCAGACUGCUUGGGCGGCAUGCGAAAAGCAAUGCAAACAAAAUUGACACCCCUUCAUAUAUCUAACACCCAGCCACAUUACCUAGUCUGAAUGUGGACCUGGUACAUGGGGACUGAGAUCCCAACUAUGACCUGUACACCCUGCAAGGCUUACCCCACUCACACACAUACCCUCUGAAAUUGGUGCACACCGAAGAUGGUGCAUUUGUUCCACCUUCUGUAUUACUCCACAGGUGUUCUGUACAUUACUGUUCUCUUUACUUUACUUUUCUUUGUUGUUUAAAAAAAAAAAAGGGAAGUAUACAAUAAUGCUUAGAACUUCAUAUCCGUACAACGUACACUGCUGUUACUGUACACAUUGGUAUUAAGUCCACGCCUUUGGCCCAAUGCGGUCACCUGUUUUGUCGCACAUUAUAUACGCUGUCUGAAUAUACAUACUGUUAUAUACCUGUAACGAUGUCACGGAUAUUUAAAUUGUUCAAACAAAAUUCACCUGGGAAGUAAAAUUUUAAUUGUCCUUUAUUUGUACCAAGGGUUUUCCCCAUGCACAGCCAAUACAAGUUCUCAUAGUGGCAUAGUUUUGAGAAGCGUUAUUGCUCUAAUGAAAGUUCAGACAGAGAGCAGUCUGGAUUCGGUGCCAAAGGGGAUAUAAAUAUUCAUUGUUUUGGAAUCACUUUGCACACCCUCGGGUGCUGUGCAGUUAUCCGGAGGGACAUCUACCCUAGUAGAACUAGUUUUUCUCACUAGUGAAUACUAAUAGGCUUUGAAUAAAGAUUGAUGUUUGCUUCAGGUACGCCUGCAAUCUGUAGAUUGUGCUGACAGAAAAUAGAUUAAAUAGCAUACAUGCUCGCUCUUCCUCAAAGGUGCUGCUUUAUUUGUGUGACAGGUGGAGGGGGAGGAUAAUACUAAGGGGGAGAGGGAGGGAGGACCACAAAGAGGGGGAGUUCAAAAAUCUGUUUUGCUUUGUCAUUAAGGGAUAUUGAGUGUAGAUUGAUGUGGAAAGAAAUAGGAUAAAUAAUUGUAGCAUAAGGCUGCAACAUAAAUACGAAGAAAAGAAAAAAUAUGGGAUCUGAUGCUUUCUAAAUGUACUGUAUGUAAACAUUUUUGAAAAAGAGAUUUUUUUUUUUUUUGCAUCAUUUUGGAGUCAAUUGGCAAAAAGGACAUAGAUUUCUGGCUGAGAAGCCAACAAUAUCUCCAUCUUAUAGACGACAUCUGUAUUUAAUCUCUUUUCAUUAAUAUCUCCAUUUUUAAUCUUGGAAAGGGAUGGAUAAUAUUUAUGGUGGUCCUUUUCUUGGUGAUCUACUUUAUUUAUUCCUGCUCAAUGAGUGUGUGACUUAGUAACCUGCCUUUUCAAUAUUAAAACUGUCAUACUUUAAAAGCAUGUAAGCAACCUUAUCAGUUUGAAGCCUUCUAGGUGAUGCACUCUACUAGCUGUUAUGUAGGAAUCCUAUUGCAGAGUUUGCGUUUUUUUUAAAUUCUUUAUACUGUACUUAGAUUCUAACAUUUAUGCUACAUUGAUGUAUAAUUUUAUUUGAGGCCAAAAUGUCAGAUACACUUUUUGUUUUUUGAUCGUGACUUUUGUAAUGUGGAUGCUUUGCCAUUUACUGUGUAGUCAGUCGGAGCUGUCUGGCAUCCCGUUUGAGUUGUGAUGAGGUGACACUUUGUGGUCAACCAUGGUACUGCAGGCUGAAGUUUUUCUCGUUUUGAAUAUCAUUAAAGAAUGGAUUGUAACAAUGACAUAUAUUCAAAAAGUAAUGGUCCUUAAAGGGAUACUAUAGGCACCCAUCUCACUUCACCUCAUUGACCGUGUCCCUGUCCCUCUUAGCCCUUCAAUGUAAACAUUGCAGGUUUAGAGAAACUGUAGUGUUUACAUUGCAGUGCUCAAAACUACUUUCAGUGGCUGUCUACCAGACAGCGACAACAGGCGCUUCCUGGUCUUUCAAGAGUUUGACUCCAUGAAACGACGCUUAAUGAAGUGGUCUGGGUGCCUGGUCCAGCUAGGGUUAACCCUUUUUAAAAAAAAUAAAAAUAGCAGUUUCAGAGAAACUGCUAUGCUUAUAAAUUGGUUAAUCCAGCCUCUAGUGGCUGUCUCUUGACAGCCGCUAGAGGCGCUUGCGUGCUUCUCACUGUGAAAAUCACAGUGAGAAGACGCAAGCGUCCAUAGGAAAGCAUUAUGAAUGCUUUCCUAUGAGGCUGGCUGCGCGCGCAGCUCCUGCGCAUUCAGCCAGAGAGAAGGAGUGCUCCCCGCCUGGAACUGGAGAAAGAAGUAUGUUUAACCCCUUCCUCUCCCCAGAGCCUGGCGGGAGGGGGUCCCUGAGGGUGGGGGCACGCUCAGGGCACUAUAGUGCCAGGAAAACAAGUAUGUUUUCCUGGCACUAUAGUGGUCCUUUAAAUAAUCUGUCCUUUGCAUCUGACAGUCAGCAUAGAUAAAGAAUGAAGAGAAGAGGAGAAAUUAAGCAGUGUUUCUCUUUCUCCAUUGCCCUGCUGUGUAGUAACGACCAUAGAAUUGACAGUUCUCCUUUAAAGGGAACUUGUCAUGCCCAACCCUACUUUUUGCUGAAAUUUCAUCUUGAACAUUGUGCAAGCAUUUUGCUGGCAAAUUGUAUAGAUUGGGAGAAAAACGUAUUUAAAAAUAGAUUUUUCUCCCACCUAUCAUUCAGUUCUUCGGCGUAGACUCUAUGCUGAGGAAUUGAUUGUUAAAGGAGAACAGACAAGUCCUCCCACAGGCGAUUCUUAUGCUCUCUAACCAUAGCAACCACAUCCCAGGCACUGCAGUUGCUAUGGAAACUCCUCAGCUGGUGCUGCUAGGAGUGAUUGGCAUCACUCCAUUCAGAUACAGUCAGUGACGCUAGUGUGGUGUCGAGGGUUUGCCAUCAUUGGUGAAAUAUUUUCAAGCAGGCAAAAUAAGUAAAGAGAAUGACCGCCCACGUCCUUGUUCUUUUACAGAGACAGCUGAACAUGUUCGGGAGUGCUACAACUUCUACAGCGCUGCCUGCGAGUGAAGAAGCUGGUCAUAUCCAUUGCCAGCUGCACGGUGUUCUGAUGAACAUAUUUUUUUUUUUUUUUGUACUGAACUCCCAUGGAACAGAGUUCCUGACUAAGUCUUGUUUGAUUGCGUCUAGUUAUACCCCCUGCAAAGACUUUUUUGUAUAGGCCAUGUUUCAAGCAGAAACGCUGCACACACAGUUUGCUUGCACCAUGACUUCUUCUAAAAGCAGAAGUUGGAUUAAACCUUUAAAGGGUGCUUUCAAUCAAACAAUUUGGCUUUCUUGUAUAUGACCUAAACGUGAACUGCACCUAACACAAGUAUAAUUAUGGAAAGCUUUUUAUUAAUGACUCAUUCCAGUUCACUUUUCUGGUUUAGCUGGUAUAGGUCACACCAGUCAUGAUACACUGAUUUUAUUAAAAGGUCACAAAAAUGUAGCUUGCCUAAAGUGAUACAAAAAAAAAAAAGAGAUGGGCAUGUCUCACGUUCCACAUAAGGCUCAGAUUGAUUUGGUCAUCAGCAAGAUAUGUGCAAGCGCACUGUCUUAUAAUGUGUUAAACCACAUACUGUAUGCAUUGUAUCAAGGGUGCUUAAUAAAACUGUAAGUCACGAUUUGACAGACCACAGGGGCCAAGACUUCUAGAAAGACUUCUUUUGGCAACCGGCUUUUUUUAAAGUGGCACUCUCAAACGUUCUCCAAUUGAUUCCUCUUUUCUCUCUCUCUCUCUUUCGGGAUCUGUUUUUUCCCCCCCCCCCUAUCUGAUCUAGUUUUCUUCAAACAUAAGACAAAGUUUUUGGGUCACAGCAAUGUUUCCACAAUACUCACCCUGUGCUCCGUGACCUUACGAUGCCUGCCUUAAAUAUUCCUUAACUUCCUGUCAUUUAAACAUGAUGAAAUUCGGUAGUUUCUCCGGCAUCCUAAAAGAAUGAGAACAAUUUGUUCAAUCAUGUUAGGACGACACUUUUAGUUCGGUAUGAAAUUUCAUUAAAAUGAAUGAAAUUUCGAUCCGUGCUGAUGCUUAGUAGAUGACUCACUAAUUCCCAUGUUAUUAGGGAGCUAUCUACCAAAAGAAUGAAAGACCUAAAUUGUUUUUUCAGCCAACUUUACUAAUACUAAUUAAAGAUUACUUUGUAUUCGUAUUUAAUCUGCCCCUACUCGCUAUGCCGCUAGUUGGGGCUAAUUAAACGAGGGGCAUAGGGUUCCCCAUGAGCGGAGGGUGAGGACCCUAAAAGACAAUGGGGGUGGUGGCCUAAAAAAAAAUACCUUCCUUCCCAGGUGACUAGGGGUCCCCAAGCCCCUAGUCACAUCCCACCCAAAAAAUAAACUAAAAGCCCCUACCUACCACCCUCACCUGAAAAAUAGUGGGGGUGGGGGACACACAAUAAAACUAAAUACCAUUAAGUCUGUUGAACUAAAAUAAAAGAGCAGAGCGCAAAAAAAUGCCCCAAAAUAAAAUCCUGACAGGGGUGUAUUUUUUUUUUUUCUCCAUUUAGGCCCCACCCGUUGCCCAUGGGUGGGGGGAAACAAUAGGUAUCCCCCUCACCCCCCCCCCCAUUGUAUUUUAUGGCCCCCACCUGCCACUCAUGGGUGGUGGCCAAGGGGGACCCUAUGUCCCUUAUUUAGUUGAAUAGCACUGUUCCCUGCCGCUUCUAUUUUUACAUAUUACAAGGAGGUAGCUGUGCGCUGGUAGUUCCCUCCUUGUAAUAAACUAAGCAAACGAACAUUGACAUUUGUUGUUUGUUCAUCUGAAAUUUCUAUUCAUUCAUCUUUCUGACGAAUAAAUGAAUAUACGAAAUUCCUGUCCGAAUUUCAGACUAUAGCAAAUGCCCAAGUGUUUAACUGUGCAUGCAUGGAAAUUUCAUAGCGCUAUCUAGUGUGGGCAGAUGACGUGUCCCUCGGGGACUUCAUCUGCCCACACAAAGAUGGUGGAGCCAAGGACCUAGGUCUGGGCAUAAAAUGAAGAUGAAAACAUAGGUAAUAUGGGGGUAUUAGGGGCAUUUGGGGAUAACUGGGGGGGGGGGCAAUUAGAUGUUGUGGAGUCAGGAGGGGGGUUAAAAAUUGAGAUUCGGCCAUGACAGUGCCGCUUUAACAAACAUAGUAUCCUAAGGGAGUUGAGAGAAAAUCAGGUUGGAUCCUCAAACUCUACUAGCUUGUCUUAAUUUACAGAAAACAUUGCAGUUUUGAAUUGUCACAUUGUAUAACUAAGCAAUAGAAUUGUAUACUUGAAGCAUGGUGCAUGGCAGUGCAACAUUGUAAUGAUAUUGAGGAAAAGCAGCUACACAGUAGUAGAUGUAGAAAUUGAGCUGCUAACUUGUCAUAUUGAGCCAAAGAUAAAUACAUUGAGUUUUAUACAAAACUGUAUUAAAAAUUAAAUCAGCAGACACUCAAAAUUGAAUAUUGUAAUGGAUGCAACCGUAGAUAAACAGCUGGGAGGAUGCUGUUGCUAGUGACUUAACUCGUGUUAGACGAUGACCUAUUCUGACUUUAAAACGUCUGCUUGAACUACUUUGUGACAUUCCCUCUUGAUUUGCCUGUGUUUGUAGGUGCAUGCAAAGUCCUUCAUCAGGAUGUCUGUUCUGACCCAUAUGCAAUAAUAAUUAAUAAUACUUUUUACAUUAUUUAAUAUUUGCAGUUCAGAAGUUAUUGCUGACAGGUCUCUACGUGAUGUUACUAUUUGUGUUUAAUAGGCAUGUUUGCUUUGUUCUAGACUCUGGAUGUGCACUUUCACUCUUGCUGUGUCCGUGGGUGCUGUGCUACUCCUGCCAUUCUCCAUCAUCAGUAAUGAAAUUCUACUCUCCAUGCCGCACAAUUACUACAUCCAGUGGCUGAAUGGCUCCCUCAUACAUGGUAAGUACCUAUGAAACGGCUUCUAUUUAUCUGUCAGCAAAAUCUGCACCAGUGUGCGUGUGCUUGGAAACAUUGGGUUACUCUUAAAAAUGAGCCACUAAUCUGAGCCUUCUGUUUUUUAAUUUAUUCACUUUUGCCUUUUUUGCACUGACAGAUGCAGACCUUGUACUGACACUUGACUAUAUUAAUACUGAUAUUGAUAUAAAAUGAUUCCAAAAUUGUAUGUCUGCUCAAUGUCUGACCUCUUAAUGUCCAUGUGGCAGAUUCCCUCUUACCACCUGUAAAAACAAGCAGAAAUAUCUGGAUGAUAGGUUAAUUUUUUUUUUUUUUUUUGGCCAUGUCCGGUUUACUUUUUACUGUUCUGAUUAAUUCCCCUGAUUUUGUCCCAAAUAUCCAAGCACUCUGCAUAUUGAUGUAAUGUGGAGCAAGGUAUUGCUACAAACCAGAGGACUGGCAAGUCUGGUGUUUGGAAGUAAAUUGCAAGGCGGGUUAUUCUUUCUUCUAAUAUAUCAAUAAAUGGGUCAUUAAGACAAUAAGCUGUUGUUUCCAUUAUUAGCUAUGUUAGAAGAGGUUUCUAAACAAUGCAGUGCAGUAAAUAUGUAAGGCUUAAGGGGAAGGAGGUUAAAUUUAAACAGCAGGAGUAAACUCUGAUGUAAAUACAUGUUUGUAUUUUGGAUUCAAUAAUUUUUUUUAUUUUUACUUUUUAUAAGAAUGCUGCUUGCAUCUGGUAGAUGUCUGUGUAUGAACAUCCUGUCUGUGUAUGUAACUCUUAAUUGCUGAUCUCCUUUAGGUCUGUGGAAUCUGGUGUUCCUGUUCUCCAACCUAUCUCUAGUCUUCUUGAUGCCAUUCGCCUAUCUUUUCACAGAAGCUGAAGGAUUUGCUGGAUCUAAAAAGGUACAAAGCUAUUAAAGUGUCUGUUUGAAUUUACACUGUUCAAACCCAUCAGAAUAUAUUUCUGCAGUAAGAUUUAUGUUCAUUUCUUUACAUGCCAAAUUAUUUAUUGUGGACACUCAUCCAGUCCUUUGUUUCUCCCUCUCUGGGAAUAAUUCAAAAUAUUUUAUUAGUUUUUACACCACUAAAUCUUUCAUAGUGCUCAAUUUGUGAAGUCUGGAGAACAAUAGUGCGUUUUUCAGGAACUUUCAAUAAAUUCUUACCAACUUGAAAAAAGCUUAAAGGACCACUAUAGUGCCAGGAAAACAUACUCGUUUUCCUGGCACUAUAGUGCCCUGAGGGUGCCCCCACCCUCAGGGACCCCCUCCCGCCCGGCUCUGGAAGGGGGAAAGGGUUAAAAACUUACCUUUUUCCAGCGCUGGGUGGAGAGCUCUCCUCCUUCUCUCCUUCUCUCCUCCUCCGAUCCUCCUCCUGGGCUGAAUGCGCACGCGCGGCAAGAGCUGCGCGCACAUUCAGCCCGUCGCAUAGGAAAGCAUUUACAAUGCUUUCCUAUGGACGCUUGCGUGCUCUCACUGUGAAAAUCACAGUGAGAAGCAUGCAAGCGCCUCUAGUGGCUGUCAAUGAGACAGCCACUAGAGGAUUAGGGGGAAGGCUUAACACAUUCAUAAACAUAGCAGUUUCUCUGAAACUGCUAUGUUUAUUAAAAAAUGGGUUAACCCUAGCUGGACCUGGCACCCAGACCACUUCAUUAAGCUGAAGUGGUCUGGGUGCCUAGAGUGGUCCUUUAAGGAACAGAAGUUGCAUGUAAGGAGAAAAUAGCUCAAAUAGUUUGUAGGAAAACUGCACAGUGUGUCAGUUCUAUAAACUACAGAACUUUCAUAAACCACAGUUCCUUAAGGUAACCAAUAAAAAUAAAAUCCCAGAAUUGGCUCUAGAAAUAGAAGCAAGGGACGGAGUUAUAUAAAGGGUGCUUGUUGGCACAAAAUUCUCGCUUUUUAAAUAUAAUGAAUUGUUAAAUAAAAUGUAGUGUGUACCUGUCAUGCAUAAUAUUCUUCUACUCUUGAGGCAGUCAGGCCAUGCGGAACUCGCUGAUCCCUCAGACUUAACACUGCGAUCUCAACAAAUGUUCUUGCAGCUUAGAUUCAGGCACUGCAGUCAGAUGUCGGGGUGACUUUUAACGGGCAGAGUAGGUAUGUGAGGUCCUUAUGUGCCUGUAAGCAGGUGCUUACUCUGCCUUAUUAGAAUUAAAGUAGGUCCCUAAAUGCAAGUCCUCAAAUGGUUCAGGUUAUAUUGAAUAUCUGAUUAACUUGUUUUUUUUUUUUAACUUUUUAUACAUUCCUUCUUUGCAGGGAGUCAUGUCCAGGGUCUAUGAGACCUCUGUGGUUUUACUGCUUCUUACGCUUCUCGUCUUCGGCAUUGUCUGGGUGGCAUCUGCAAUAAUUGAUGAUGAUUCGGCUGGACGCGAAUCUCUCUAUGGUAUGAAAUGUGAAAUGGAUCUUUGAAUUUUUUGCAUUGUAUGUGUAUUUAGAGUCUGGUUUAUCUUCUAUUGAUAUAGUAUGAAAAAGGAAGAGGGGGGAAGAAAACACUUGUGUACAUGAUGAUGCCAAUAAUGGGCUUUUUGGUGACUUAAGUGGCAUGCCAGACUGGUGACCAGCAUGCUAGGCUAACUGACAGUCUCUCUGGAUGGCCCCCAGCACAAACCAUGCAGAGAGUGCUGCUGAAGUGCUCUAGAGCCUGCAGCUCCGCUUGAGGGCUUCUACUGAUGCGCUUCUGUGAUGCUGACUGGGGUUGUUCCAUGAUGUCCCUGAAGUGACAUGAUCUGAGUGAAUUCGAUAAGGGCCAGAUAAUGAUUGCUAGACGACUGGGUCUGAGCAUCUCCAAAAAAAGUUUUGUGGGAGUAUUCCUGGUAUGCAGUGGUUAGUACCUACCAAAAGUGGUGAAAGGAAGGACAACUAUUGAAUUGGCGUCAAGGUCGUGGGUGCCCAGGAUCAUUGAUGUAUGUGGGAAGCAAAGCCUAGCCUGUCUUAUCUGAAGAGCUACUGUAGCUCAAAUUGCUGAAAAACGUAAUGCUGACCAUGAUAGAACGGUGUCAGAACACACAUUGCAGUUUGCUGCGUAUGGUACCUUGUAACUGCAUCAUAGUGUCCACCACCAAAAUAGAUUGCAGCAGGAUGUACUAUGGUUGAUAGGCUGCAGAUGUGUUUUUUUUUGUUUGUUUUUUUCUUCUCUGGGCAAUGUUCUGCUGGGAAACCUUGGAUCCUGGCAUUCAUGUGGAUGUUACUUUGACACAUACCAUCUACCUAGAGAUUGUUGCAGACCACGUAAAGCCCUUUACGGCAGUGGUGUUUCCUGAUAGCAGUGGCUUCUUUCAGCAAGAUAAUGCACCCUGCUACACUGCAAAAAUAGCUCCGGAAUGGUUUGAGAACCAUGACAAAGGUGUUGCUGUGGCCUCCAAGUUCCUCAGAUCUCAAUCUGAGCAUCUGUGGGAUGUGCUGGAACAACAACUCUGUACCAUGGAGGCCCCAACUCACAACUUGCAGGACUUAAAGGAUCUCCUGCUAAUGUCUUGGUGCCAGAAGCCACAGGACACAUGCAAAGGUCUUGUGGAGCCCAUGCCUCGAUGCAUCAGAGCUGUUUUGGCAGCACAUGAGGGACCUACAUCAUAUUAGACAGAUGUGUUUUUUUGUUUUUUUUUAAUGUUGUCUGAUCUGUGUGUAUAUAUAAGCAUGAUUGACCUAUUCCUUAAAUUGCAUUAAAAAUUCUUACUUGUCUUUUUCAGAUCUCUGGGAAUACUACCUCCCAUACCUCUAUUCUGGCAUAUCACUCUUUGGAGUCCUGCUUCUGUUGUGUAAGUUUGUCUUCACUUAAUGGUGCAGUUACUAUUUACUGCCACCUGGGGUCAGAAUUACUUGUAAUCAACACUGUAAAUGGUUAGCAUUUAGUGCUAAACUCUUUGUGUUUCCAUAGAUUUUAACAUGCUGUAGGUUUUUAGUAUAAAUUAUCUAGCCAGUUGUUAUUUUCGAUUAGCCAGUUGUCCAUUCUUGUAUUUUUAAUAUGCUUUGACAAACUAAAGUUACCAGCGAUGCAGCCACAAUUGUUCUAUUUGCACUAUUUAUUAUAUAAUUGUGUUCCUCAUUCGCUUUGUGAUACUUGACCAUUUCCAUGCUAUUCACUCCACUACAGUGUGCACACCUUUCGGCUUGUCUCGGAUGUUUUCAGUCACUGGAAAGCUUCUUGUCAAACCUCGGGUAAGAAAUUUUCUUUCAUUUUGCUAAUAAAAACACUAAAGUUUGCUAAAACAAGAAUACAUCUUAUGGCCAUGAGGAGUGAUUCUAACAAUCAUUUGUACAUGCAAAUAUUUCAAAUCCAGCAGAGGUAAUAGACCAAUACGAUGCCUAAUGUAAUUUAACAAGGAACAAAAAGUAUUAGACUUUUAAGAUCAAAAAAUAAGCUACGUAGUCAUUCUAUAAAUAUAUAAGGGGAAAUUUAUUCACUUGAUCUGAAAAGUAUAUUUUAUUUUUGGGAUCUACAUAUGUUAAGCCAUUCACUACAGAGCACUUUUUGAAUAAAAAAAAAUAUUAUUUAUUAUUUAUAAAAUAUUUUACCAGGAAAAAUACAUUGAGAUUUCCCCCCUUUUUUAACCCCUUAAGGACACAUGACAUGUGUGACAUGUCAUGAUUCCCUUUUAUUCCAGAAGUUUGGUCCUUAAGGGGUUAAGUAUGUCCUGGGUCCACAAAACAUUGGUACAAUAAAAUCCAAAACAAUAUUAAUACACAAAAUAUACAAAAUUUAACAUAGAACCAGGUAGGAAAUAUAUAAUCAACCAUGAGAGGUGCAUUCUGUUUUGAGGUAUGUAGAGAGGGAACUCUUAAAACGGCACUGUCAUGCCGAACUUACCUUUAUUUGAUCACUUCCUCUGUCAGGAUGUGUUCUUCUUUUCUUCCUGUCUGAUCUAGUUUUCUUUAAAACAUAAGACAAAGUAGGGACUACUUUGUCUUAUGGAGGUUUUCUACGCCUGACCAGCGGAGGAGCAAAGAGUGCUCAGUUUCCUGUGGUCAGAGAAAUUUUCCCACAAAUCCUCCGUGAUCUUGCGAUGCUUCCUGUCAGUAUACCCGAACGUCCUGUCUUUUAGACAGAACACAGUCGAAACUACAGAAUUUCGGAAUUUUCGAAUGAGGACAGUUUCUCCAUUCGUGUUAGGACGCAAUUCGGGACUUUGUUCGUAUUGGAAUUUCAUUCGAAUAAAUGAAACUCCAAUCCUAUUCGUGCCGUGGCUGAAUCUUGCAGCCGCUUAGUAGAUAACUCCCUAAUUCCCACGGUAUUAGGGAGUUAUCUACCAAAAGGCUGAAAGACCUAAAUUGGUAUUUCAGCCAAAUUUACUAAUACUAAGUAAAGAUUACUUGGUAUUAGUAUAUUCUGCCUGUACUCGCUAUAUCGCGAGUAGGGAAAUAUCUUUUAAACAGUGAGUAUGGGUGAGGGCUAUUAAACUGAACUCGGGACCUAUUAUGGGAGGGGGCUAUUGUGUCCCCCCCCUUCCCUGUGACUAGGGGUCCCCUAUAAAAAUACCCUGUUACCCCCCCACCCCCACCCUAAUAAAAUUAAAUCAAUCCCUACCUAUCCCCCUCAUCCUAAAAAUGAGGGGGAGACAAUAAAAAAAAUAAUAAUAAUCCUUCACCUGGCGAGGGCACAGUGCAGACUGAAUCCAACCAAUGAGAGUGCUCUGAGUCAUUUUACACAGCAUGGGAAAAUUCCAAAGAACUUUCCCACGCUGUGUAAAAUGACUAGCACUCUGGUUGGAUUCCAAGCCAACCAAUCAGAGUGCUCUGAGUUAAAUUGCAGGACGUGGGAAGGUUUUAUAGGCCUUUCCCCGCCCUGCGGAACUCAGCCUGCGCCGGGUUAAGAUGGAUACAUAUUUAGCGUCAGGUUUUUUUUUUUUUGCUCUGUUUUGUUUUUUUUUAUUUGAUAAGUUCGGGUAUUAUUAUUGGGGUUUUUUUUUUUUUGUCUCCCCAUCCCCACCCCCUCAUUAUUUUUAGGGGGAGGGUGAUAGGUAGAGAUUCAUUUAAUUUUAUUUGGGUGGGGGGGGUGACUAAGGGCUUGAGCAUAAUGCCCAUACAGUAAAUACAGUUAAAGCACAUAUUUCUCAAAUAAUGCUGUAGCAAUCUUUAUCAAACUGUAAUUUAAUACUGACCGUGAAAUGGUAGUCAAUUCACUCCUACCUCCUUGCUGACUGUCAGAAUGAUCUCACAUAAUGUAACUUUCUGUACUAUUUAAAAGCAGGGAGUGAUCUUGCAUUUUCAGCAACUUUACAUUCAUUAUGUCAGUGACUAGUGGUUUCUGGCAGAUAAAUUUUUUCCUCUAAAAGCUGGUAAUAACUAUAUAGAGUAUAAAUGAGUGAGUGAGUGAAUGAGGCUUUAUAGACUAGAUUUCAUACUGCAAAAUACAUGAAAGUAAAAAAGUAUAGUCUAUGUUUGUAUUGAAGUGAUUAAAGGACCACUAUAGUGCCAGGAAAACAAACUUGUUUUCCUGGCACUAUAGGGUCUUUGGUUCCCCUCCACCCUCUGGGUCCCACUCCCGCCGGGCCGAAGGGGUUAAACGCUUGCCUUUCUCCAGCGCUGGGGACUCUCCUCCCUCUUCCGACGUCAUCCGCCGAAUACGAAUGCGUGGCAGGAGCCGCAUGCGCAUUCAAUCAUUCCAUAGGAAAGCAUUUCUCAAUGCUUUCCUAUGGACGGCAGCAUCUUCUCACGGGGAAAAUCACAGUGAGAAGCGCGGAAGCGCCUCUAGUGGCUGUCAAUGAGACAGCCACUAGAGGCUGGAUUAACCCGAAUGUAAACCUAGCAGUUUCUCUGAAAGUGCUAUGUUUACAGCUGCAGGGUUAACCCUAGAUGGACCUGGCACCCAGACCACUUCAUUGAGCUGAAGUGGUCUGGGUGCCUAUAGUAGUCCUUUAAAGUGACAUAUUUUGUACCCCAUCCCUUAGGGACAUACAGAUCAUUUAAAGGGAUACUAUAGUGCGCAUGUGCAGCGCAUGCAUUAGACCUUCAUCAUACGAAAGCAUUGAAUCAAUUCUUUCCGAUGGGGAAAUGACUAAAGCUGGACCAAAAGUCCAGUAACAUUCCAUAAGUGCCUCUAGUGACUGCCUUAGUGCUGCAGUGUUCCUCUAAAACUGCAAUAUUUUACAUUGCAGCACUAAGUGCAAUAGGGACACUGUACACAGACCCCUCCAAUGAGCUGAAUUUGUGUGAAUGCCUAUAGUGUCCCUUUUAAUUCCCUUUGUGUAUUUCUCCUUCAUCCUUUCAGUUUGCAAGCUCAUUCACCUACUGCUCCAGUAUGUUAAUAAUUACAUGCCUGGCAUUAUGCUCGGUUGAUUCUGCGUUUGUUCGCUAUGUUUCCUAUAGAUGGGAAACCUGCUACUGUGAUGUGGUCUUCUCAGUUUUUAACUUGUUAGUGUAAACUAUGACCAUUUCAUUUUGUAUUGAGCAUGUAAUCUGUAAAUUCUGUUCUGUAAGAAACUUUCAACAGUUAAUCAGAACACUGAAAGAUAUCACAAGACAACCAGUGUAGAACUAGUCCUGUGUAUUUUCCAUGAUUAUUUUGCUCCAUACAAAGAUAUGUUGGUUUACAAAGUGUAUGCCAAAAGAGAAAAGUGGUAGUAUUGACUGAAAAAUCUCUUGUGCUACCAAAAAUUGUUAGUUAGCAAAAAAGUGUUAUUAACCUAAAAGACUUUGUACUGUGACACUUUGGUAAGUAUUCCCUAAUGUGUAUUUUAUGAUCUGUAUGGUUUUCCUGCCAUUUAUAAAAUUAAUAAAAAGAGAAAAGAAAAAAAAAAUAUUUUCCAGUCAUCAUUGCUGUAAUUUAAAAAAUUGCAUUUCAUGGUCUGUAGCUUCUUGAGAACUUGGAGGAACACCUGAGCUGCACAGCAUUUGAAGAAGCUGCCCUAUCACGCAAGAUAUCUGGUAAGUGAACGUUUCCUGUCGGUGGUAAUUCUGCUUGAUCUUUACCUUGAUUCUCCCCACUCAGAGUUUUAAUGUCCUUUUCACAGCUAAAGCAUCCUGCUGGCUGAACCUCAACAUGGAGGCAUUGCAGAAAAGACUUCUUGCCAUACAGAGCCAUAGGAUAACACUUGGUAAGGACACUUUUACAUGGCACUGAAAAAAAGAUAGGGUCGCACUCAGGCACAAUAUAACAAUCCAGGGUGCUAUCAUGCUUGGUAAAGACCUUGACUGGUCGAAACGUUGCAAAUAAAUCUGCCUGGAUACAAUCACAGUGAGUGCCUGAGAUUUUUCUUUUACAUGGCACGUCCUAUAUAGGGAAAGGCUCACAACAGCAUAAAAUGUUACCUAUAAUCUCUGUCCACAAAAGUUUUAAAUAUAUAAGUAUAUUGAGUCAGGCAUACGUGAGUGCUGGUGUCUCACAGUGAUACUUGAGCUCGUAGUGAAUAGAUAGUAAAUAUCUCAGGGAUCCCUUUUGAUGAUAUACAGUGAGUAUAAAGUGUGAUGUCACAGGGGAUCUUCUUUUAGAAACUCUAUUCCUUACUUUGAGUUGUAAUGGGUAUCAGUCCUGUAGAGUAUUAGCACCGCUUCACUUCGGCAUCUGUUACCAGCAGGAUUGUUAUUUGGGCAAUCAAGCAGCUCAUGAUGUUCAAUGUGUCCUCUCUCUUACAUGUUUCAUGAGCCAUUCGAACCUUUCUCCCUGAAGAAGUGAGCGCAUGGCUCACGAAACAAGUAGGAGCGAGGACACAAUGAGCUACUAAACCUUUGAACUGCUUGAGUGCCCGGAUCACGGUCCUCCCGGUAUCAUAAGUUCGGGGUGCUGAAUCUCAAUGGGAUUAAAAUGCUAAAGUGUUAGCAAUACACAUUUUGUAUUCCCUAAUACUAUAGUGUUUCUUUAAAUUCAUUUAAAAAUAAUUCAUGUUAAUGGAGAUCCUUGGAAGACAAACACCUCUACCAGACAGCCACUAGAGGCGCUUCCUGCAGUUCCACAGAGUUUGACUCUAUUUAUCAAUGCUGGAUGUUCUCAUGCUUUACCUUAGAACAUCCAGCAUCCUGCAAAUCCCAAUAGGAAAGCAGUGAGUCAGUGCUUUCCUAUGGAGAAAACCUAAUGUGCGAGAGGCACACCAUCGGCUGACUUUUGAGGAGGAAAAGCCCGGCACAGCAUCGAGGGACAUUGGCGCUGGAAUCUAGUAAAUGUGUGUAAUGUGGCUUUUUUGCGUGGGCCGAGAGACACUAUAGUUUUAAGAAUACAGCUAUGUAUUCUUAACACUAUAGUGUUUCUUUAAGCCCUGCUCUAAGAAUCCCACUAGCUGUUAAUUUUUUUUUUCCUUUGUGUUUAUAUCUAUUUAUUUGUUGUCCCCACAGAGAUGAGGAGACGAGCGUCACCCUGGCAGAGAAAUCUUGUUUACCCUCUUGCUAUGUUAUUACUCCUGGCUCUCACAGUAAGUGUCUCUCUGCACUGGGCCUAGUUUGUAAUAUUUGGAUUUAUUGGGUAACCUGUAACCUUGUGCAUGUUCGUUACAGGGGAUUUGUGUGCUGAUUGUUUGCUUCCACGUCUUGGAGCUUCUCAUCGAUGAAGCAGCGAUGCCAAAGGGAAUGCAGGUAAACUCUCAGUCCAAAGACUCUGAAUAUUACCACUGAUUGGGGUAUCUGUACAGCAUACGCCAAAAAAUAUUUUAUUCGGUAUGGUUAACAGACCUGCUUGAAAACCUGUUUCGUAGAUAAUUACCUAUUAGAUGGUACACUUAUUAUUACUUGGUCUUUCCUUUUGACUGGUACACCGUGAAAGAUCAGUCUAUUUACCACAGCCACUGCAGUCCACAUACUGUAGUGGUCAUGGUGCCUAGACUGCCUCUUUGAUGUUAAAUACUGUGAUCCUCCUGGUGAGCUGGUGUAUAGAUCUGAUCCACACGGACACUUUACUUAUUUUUAUUGGUCUUGUGUUGAUAAAAUGGUGUACAUUUAAUAGUUAAUCUGUUAUGCUUUCCUGGGACCCCUGCUAUUCGUUUGUGUCUGUAUAAAUUCUGUGGUCCCCAAACGUGGGGAGACUCUCGCUAGAGCUUCCUAAUAAUGUCCAUAAUAAAUGUCUGUUAUGUGGAACUGAUGAUUAAUUCCUAAUUUUCUGUUUUACAGGACUCCCGCCUUGGCAAGGUGUCUUUCUCUGUCUUCGGUUCUUUUGGGGCAGCUAUGCAAGUCAUCCUUAUAUUGUAUCCUUCUGCUAUUUUGUAUAGAUUGUCAAACACUGUUUAUGAGCUCAUUUUAGGCAAUUCUUAAUUGUUUAAUACUCUGUUAUGCAGGAUUAUAUGUGUUGAAGGUUUUACAGUAGAAAGAUAGAAUAUAGUAGAUGAAAUUGGGUGCGUGCCUGCACAAACAGGUAGGGUCCCCCCUGUUAGGUCUGCAGAACACCCAUUGAUCAUUUUUGUUUUGAAGUGUUAAUCCUCUUUUACUAUCUACAGAAUUCAAUGACCUUUCCAAUACAUUGACAGGAUAUUAUGUUUACAAAUGUAUCCUUCAGAAGCACAUGCGCUAGGUUAAAUAUACAGUCUCUCCCUAAUCAAACAAUUCUAGUGUAUGAAAUUUAAUUUUUUUAAAUUGAACUGAUGCCUGGAGUAAUUGCUGAUUUUGUUAACCUUGACCUCUGCCCAGCUACCUGAUGGCUUCCUCUGUAGUGGGAUUUUACAGUUCUCCUCUUUUCAUCAGACUUCUGCCACAGAAACAGGACACUGCCAUGACCAAAGUAAGCAUUCUAUUACAAUCCUGUGUUUAUGGAGGGUUACCUACAGGAAAUAUUAUAGAACACUAACUCUGCAAUCUCUCCUCUAGAUUAUUGGGAACUGUGUUUCUCUCCUCAUACUGAGUUCUGCUCUCCCUGUCUUCUCCAGGACAUUGGGUGAGUGUUGACCUAUGUAUGUCUCUUAAAUACAAUUGCUUAUUUGUCAUCCAUGAUUAAAGAGUAGCACUUGUUUAAGCUGCAUUAGUAAGAAGCUGUGAAUGAGUACUGUGUAAUUCUUUAUUAUUUGUAUACUAGUGUGAAUGUGGUAACUAUAAAGGGGAGAUCCUCCAAAGCUCCAUAAAAUAUUAAUAAAGAAAUCACAAUGUAACGAUGUCGAUGGUGAGAAAAACUGAUGUAUGAAAUCAUUAAAAAAAUUAAAAAAACAUGGAAUGAAUUACCUCAAGGGCUUUGCAUGCUAGGUCAUCUGGAGUCAACAGCAGUUAAUAGACUGCUAAUACUGCACGGAAAAAUAGAUUUGUUUUCAUGCAUAGAGCAGUAAUUGCACUAUUAUGGUCCACUGUAAAUCAACCAAUACAACUUUGCUCUAAACCACGUGGUGGCACAUAUUGAGAUUUUAAGAAAAUCUGCCAACAUUUGGUGGAUUGCUUAAAAUGAUUUUUAAGCGUUUUAAUAAGAAUUUUAUUUGUCUGUUUUGUUGUUUUUUUUUGGUGUGUUUUUUUUUUUUUUUUUUUAAGUUCCGUUAAUAGCAUAAUAUUUAAGAAUAUUACUAAAUAUAAAGAAUUUAAUCAAUUUGUGAUUUAGAAAACAUCCCUUUUGAUCAUUCAGUUUUAAAGAGUGUGCAUGUUUCCUUGUUUUGUUUGUUCUCGUUAAAUGAAUUUUUCACUAAAUUAUGUGAAGAACAUGUGUGAUUCUUCCCACCUGCCCCCAAUCAGUUUAAAUACUCAUUAACGCUAUGCAGAUGUCUUGUAACAUUUGUUUUAGAUACAUAGAAGUUAUGUUUGAGUAAUAUUUGUAACUUUUAAAAUUUUUAUUUAUAAAGCACCAACAAAUUCUGCAGCGAUGUACAAUUAAGAGAGAACAUACAAUAUACACAGACAAAUACAAAAGGUAGAGAGGGCCCUGCCCCAGUAAGAUUAGAUUUAGGAGUUGAAGCUCUUUGAUACAAAGUGCUUGGCUUAAUAGCUUGUGAGCUUACAAUCUAAAGUAUAUAAUGGGGAUUUGAGACCAGGGGUAGCAGGGGGGGAUUUGGAAGUGAUGGCUAAAAGAAGUUAAGAGAGUUGCAGCUAUUGGGAAAUAUAAAAGUAAUGAUGAAGUAAUUGAGUGAGACUCUCAAACAGCUGGAAGAGCAUGCUCUAUAUUUAGUAGGAACCUGGAUGGGUACUGCUGAGAAAAACUAAUUGAGAGCUUCAGUAUUGUUUCUCAAAGUUCUGGAGGUGAGGCCUGGGGGUCGCUGGAAUUUGCUGGGAGAUAGAAAAUGAAGAGAGCUUCAGUAUUGUUUCUGGAAGUGUGAGGCCUGGGGGUUGCUGGGAGAUGGGGGGAAAAAAAAAAGAUUUGAAGUCUGAAAUAUCCUUUUAUGUAUAUUUGCAUUAAUCUAUUUGCAUUACUAUUAAUGGAAACACUGAACUCCAAAGAUGUCUGAAGUAAAACUAAACUCUGUACAGUCUAACUAGAAGUAGGAUUAGGGAAGCUACACAGAGAAGCCAAAAAUGUGGACACUCUGGUACAAAGGGACAUAAAGUAAUUGAUGAAUGAUGGUAGGCAAUAUUUGUGCAAAACAUUAUUAUUUUUUAUUAUUUUUACUGAUUCAGUGCUUAUCCUCAUUGUAAUGUUCCAUACACAGGUAUUACCAGAUUCGAUCUCCUCGGUGACUUUGGACGUUUUAACUGGCUUGGAAACUUUUACUUAAUCUUCCUGUACAAUAUGCUGUUUGCCGGCCUCACCACACUUUGCCUCGUAAAGAAGUUUACCUGGGCUGUGCAGGCAGAGUUAAUCCGUGCGUUUGGUAAGAAUGCACCUCUUAUUCUCAAAAGCAAGCCCUUCCUAAUUUGGCCAUUUUAUUUUCUACCAGCCAUAUUGCAGGCUUUUACAGGAACAAUAAAAGCUGUAUUUUAGGUUUACUCCUGGGCAGCAACUGCUAGCUGUUUAACUCCCAGCAAUCGAAGACUGACUGGGACAUGUAUGCGCCAUUGCAAGAUAACAUCCAUUUAAAAUGUACUAUAUAAAUAGAAAAUAGUUUCAUAUACAAUAUCGAACAGUGAGGUGUAUUAUGGGAAAAUGCCAGUCUGUGUAAAACAUCAAAUGGGCGAGAAAUUAAGAAACGUGUCUGUUAAAAAUGUUUACAUACAGACCUAUAUAUUUUUUUAUAAAGUCACCAGUGAGGGGUAGUAGUGCUUGAGUCGCUACUGAUGGACAUCUUCAUUCAAGAAAUAGAUUUUAUUUGUAAUGGAUAGUUUGAGUUAGCUCAGUGGAAUAUUACACCAACUGUAAUGAUUUUGCAUACAAUCAAAUCCCAGCAGAUCCUCUCAUCCUGUGUUUAAUGCAAACAACUAAUAUAUGCUAAUUACUGUAAACGGUUUUGGUGUCCAUACAAGGGGCAAAUGGGCUGUGUGAGCACAAGACAGGUGGAGUAAUCAAUGUUGCCAUCUGGCAGAGCUAGUUUUUCGCAUGAUUCCCUGCUCAUACAAGUUUGUUCUCAAGUCUCACACAGGAAAUAAUGGGAUAUAUGCAAUUUGUAUUAAAUGCUUGACUGUAACAGAACAGCCCUUACAUUUGGCACAAAAAACCCCUCAAUAAAUGGUUAUUUUAUUGGCUAUUAAAAUGUUUUAUUACCUCCAAUGUGAAAAAUCAUAGAUGUAAUUUUAAUUUUGUGCACAAAUUGAGUGGUGGGUGCUGUGUGUACUUGACUAAACUUUGUAGUUGGGCAACUUAGCCUGAACUAAGUGUAUCAAGUAUGCCUUUAACAAAGUGACGAAAGCCUAAAUUACAUUUAUGUGACUGUCUAAUUUAACUUACAUAUGCCCAUUUCUUUCUACAGGACUGGACAGACUGCCUCUAUCGGUCAACAAAACCUUCAAUCAAGGGAAGGGGAAAGCCUGAUUUAAUUUUCCAGGAAUUUGAAAUGUAGCCAGCAAAUGGGCAAUGGAAAGGCCCUAAGAUGUUGAUUAUUUUUUUUUCCUUUUAGUGGCCAUAGCAUGAACAUAGAAGGUUAUGAAUUUGUUCAUAGAGUUUCUGUGAAGAUAUAUGAGCUGUGGAAAACAUCUUGGGACAAACCUAUUUGGUUGGACACUACUCAUUUUGGAUGUAUCAGACUGAAUUGUCCAGAAUUCAUUCUAGAUUUUGAAUCUAGAAGACAACAAUGUCUGCAGAUGAGCCCACACUCCCACCUCUACUGGAGAAAUCCGAUCUCACCUAACAAGGGUGAGCCAUUUCCCCCACACAUUAAACAUAAUUUCUGCUGCUAAAGACAAUUUGAGUGGGUGACAAUCAGUCUUGUUUCAAAUAUGGCUCUUCAAACUUGUGAAAUGAGCGGCCUCAGUACUGCUCAUCAACCCUUGAUUCAUAAAACUUUUGGGAGGACAUGAGACUUUUUUAUGAUGGUGGUGGACAAACCAUAUCGGACACUAAAGACCUUUAGAAAGAAACCCUAAAUGGAUUAUUAAGCCUCUUCCUCUCCUUGCUUGUUUACACUCCAGCCUUUGGGGACUUUUUUGUUCUCAUCUCACGGGAUUCAGUGCCGGGUCCGUGCAAUGAUACAAAAGCAAACCAGCGUUCUCACCUUAUAGACUGAAUCAAGCUUCUGUCCCCUUUAUCAAGAGGACUGUAGCGCCAUUCUGUUUACGUGCUGUUAUGUGUCUGUCAUUGGGAGGAGUGGGAUGUGGAUUCUGUCUGUUUCUGUGAAUGUGUUUGAAUUUGUGGAGGUUUGUGUCAGAAACACUACAAGUGGAUAAAUGAGAACACUCCCAAACCACAAUUUACCAGUCUUGUCUUUUGACAACUGGGCAGAUUCCUUUUAGGAGUGUUCUGCAGUAUUUUAUAAUGUCUCCAUUAUUUUAGUGAUGUUCUGUGUUGCAUUGGUAUGUAAACUAUGCUUAUUGUGUUACGAUGUGUGUAGAGUGCAUGAAACAAAUGAAUGAAUUACAUUUGUUUAAAUGUGGAUUGUACAUGUGACGAAGGGUAGUAUUACCACUUAACUUGGGUUCCAUGGUUCUAAUAUAUUUGUUUUGUCAGUCUUUUACACACCAGGAAUUCUUGCCCAUCUCUAGGAAUUUUACUCUUGUGCUGAAACCACACUUCUCUCUGGCACCUUCUUAUCACAAUUUAUGUUGAUCUCUGUCAUGCUAAAGAAAUAUUGCCUUUUAGAAGUCUGAGACUUGAGUCUGCAAACUGUAAAUCUUUGUCUACACCUCCAUACUCCAUCAGAUGGUUCUAGUGUUUUUUUUGGUGCCUGUAGUUCCUGUUCGAAUAGUGAUCUGUUCCACUGGGUUUUUAAUUUUUAACUGUUUAACUUUAGUUUGCAAUCAGUAGCACAUUCUGUGCCUAGGGAAUAAAAACACAUGCUUUCAUUGCAAUAGUUUGUGUGUGUGUGUGUACACCCUUUACUAGAAAAGUGUAUUGCAGGAAAUUAAGUUUUGUCCAUUUUAAAUGCGCUUUAUUGCCUUGUGCAUUUAUCUGAAAUACGGGGAUCACAAAUCUAACCACAUGAAAACGUAAUCUCUGUGGUCAAGAUAGACGAAUGUAGGCCUGUGGCUAAUAACUGUGAUUCUGAACGAGGUAUCCAAGAUGUUUGAAAACUGUAGACUGGCAAAGCAUCAUGGGAAAUUCAGUCACAAAUAUCAAGGCUUCCAAGGGUAUAUAAUAUAUAUCGCUGCUCUAGUUUUUUAAUAUGUGACUUUGAAUGGAAUCUGUAGUGAUGCUUAUAUACACAUUAGUCAUUCACAAAGUGUAAUUAGAUUAUUUUUUAUACUGGAGCAGAAUAUGUAAUGAAAUAUAGUCCAUAUUAAAUAUUUUCUAGGUAGUUUUCAGCACCUUAAGUGUCUUCACCUCAUCCCUAUAGCAAAUGGAAUGCAGCAUUUAGUUUCCAAAGACUUCUUCAUGGUAGAAAUGUUAGAUGUAGGCAGAACGUUUAACCCAUUGAGUGGCAGUGUUUUUCAACAUGUGUAGCUCACUACCAUGACCUUAAUUUCACAACUGUCUUCCUAGCUGAUGCACUGUGUACUUAUUCUAAAAGAGAGUGUGAUGUUUGUGUUGCUGUAUCCUGACGUAUAACAUAGGCCCAAUAUAGCCAAAUGUAGAUUCAAAUCUGUUGUAGAACUAAAAGACUGUGAAAACUUAAGAGCUAUAGUUCGACAACAGCUGGGAUCUACUAUUUGGGUAUGUGGGUAAGCUGCCUGUGAAAUUAUUUUAUUUUUUUGCUAAAUAUUGUGUUUUUGUUAAGAUUAUUUUAUUGUGAGGAGAGAGAAAAAAGUUAAGUAUUGUUAAAUAGCAAGAAAAUAAAUACAUUCUAUAUUGCUAUCAAUUGAAAAAAAAAAUGUAAUCUGCAGUAUCCUUCAAUAAAAUAGUAUUGAGGUAAAGGUUAUAUUUUAAUUUAGCUGGCGCUUUUAAGGUUUUAUAGCAUUUCAUUUUUGUUACAUUGCCUGUAGGUCAUUUUUGACACUGUCUGCUUUUACGUAUGAUGAGACGAUGCUCAGUCAUGUGGAAAAAAAAAGGUGGAGUGAUAAGUGACCUGCCUCUAAAUGUCCUAUAAUCUCAUAUAAGUUAUGUCCUGUUCCCCUGUGUGCUGCAGGCAGCUCCCAGUGUGUAUUAUUGUGACUAUACAGCCCACUUAGAUGGUCAUCCAACACAGGACGGGGCAGUGUACAUGGACGCUGCCAAGAUAAAUGGGCACUGCAACUGUCUGCAGUAUAAUGUAAUAAUCUGAAUUUGAUGUGCUAUGGAUUUUUGUGAAUGAGAUUAUUGUACUUUACUUGUGUGGGGGAAGUUUAAAAUAUUUUUUAUAAUUAAAAGCGCCUCUUGUUUUUAUAUUGCUCGGUCCUUGUGUGUGUUCUUGUGUUUUAUAUUUGAUAAAAACCUACAAACGUAAACUCUCACAAGUAUUUUACAUCACUGUCUGUUUUGGAUAUUUGCUUCCACAAAAUGUAUUCUAGUUUGAGGAACCGUGAUCGUAUCUAAGCUAUUUGUUCACUAAACUGUAAUAUUCACAACCGGCUUCUAAACGUUUUGCCUAAAUAUUUGGGACAACUUGGCACUGUUGGAUUUUGCCAUCGUGUUUUUUUUUGUUUGUUUUUUUCUUAAACAGUAAGCUGUUUAGUGAAUAAACAA